UACAGCUAUAGAACCCAAGACAAGCCAUGAUCCAGCCUCUUGAGGGUUAAGCUGGUGUCUUGCAGCAUCUUUGGAAGAUUGCUACUGAUCAGGGGAGUGUGCAUUACAGCUACAUUGUAGCAACUUUAGUUUUGGUGCUUUGAUUUGUGGUCCUGUCUUGUGACAUCUAACCUGCUGCUUCUGCACACCUCAAGUUGUCUGUCUCCUUGUCCUCCAAUUAAAUCCAAGGAAGGGACAUGCAGCCUGUUCAAUGCCAAUACACAGUACAGCUCCUUGGUGCAUGCUGAAUCCUGUCCAGUGUGCUGAUUGUGAUGAGAUAGAUACAUCCAGAGCUCAGCUUUGGUCUGGGCGCAUCCACACCUUCUUCUGCUCUUGGCAUCCCAUCCCUUGUUCUGGGGAAGGGGCUGGAUGCUCUUGGACAGCAUGGGUCAGUCUAGCUGAGGAAUUACAACACCCAAAUCCAAUUCUAGACCCUCUAGAAUACUGCUCAGACUGGUAGCAGACACGCCCUGGACACACCAGAAGUGGACUAUUACUUACUGCUGGUCAACUUUCAACCACCUGCAGUGAACCAGGAUGUUGGUCGGAACGUUGGCACUCUGCGUGCUCUGUUUAUCUCAAGGUAGGCUGGGGAUGCUUAGGUAAUGGGGCGAGUGCCAUGCAAUCAUGUAUUUUGACAUUGAGCUUUGGUGAUUUACAAAAUAUCCCAUUUUAUGCAAUUCAAUUAUUUUGCGGUUGGGCUUUUCAAAACCUGCAGCCCUCACUUAAAAAAAAAAAAAAUAUAUAUAUAUAUAUAUAUAUAUAUAUAUAUAUAUAUAUAUAUAUAUAUAUAUAUAUAUAUAUAUAUAUAUAUAUAUAACAAAUAAAAAAAUGAAAAAACAUGAACUAAACACCGCUGCAGUAGAAAGGUAGUAAAAAAAUAAAAUAAUCAAGUAUGAUGUUAUAGCAUUGUCUCCUGGUUUCUUAAUUGAGCUGCUCAUAUCUAUUUCCAUUUUGCUUCUCCUGCCAAUAUGUGUUUUUUGGCAAGAGAGUAGUGUUAACCACUUGGCUGCCAAGCUAAUGCCUUUUAUGUGUCCACCUCAACACUAAGAGCAUGAUGUGUUGGCUUUUUUUUUUCUGUGUUUUAAAGAUGGACCUGAGUGAUUUGUGAAGAUGCUGUUUAGAUGUUGUACCAGCUCUGAUGAGUAACUGACUGUCAGGAUACUGCGUGUCAUGUUGCAGAUUUAAUCACACUGUAACUUUGUUUGUUUCUUUACCUGUACAUCCAUAGAUGGAGAGGCCAGUUAGCUGGAUCUCAGAUAAAAGCCCAGAGCAGCUGCUCGUUUUAACAAUGUAAACACACCAGGCUUGCUGUGUCAUUAUCACCAUAUGCCAGUGUUUGCUAAAAGCAUGCAUACAGGUGUAUAAAUCAGAGCUGGAUCCUCCUGUACAGCCUUUAUGACAACCUAUUAAACCAUGGAUUCAGCAAGAUGCAAAACUUUAGCACAUGCUUAACGCCUAUUCAUUUAACCCAUCCCCUGCCAGACACUUGCUAAAGUUAUUUUGUUUGAUUUUUUUUUUUAAACUGGCAAUUACAGGGUUAACGCCUAAUCCCUGUUAAAAUAAUCUGGACUAUAAUAUAUAUAUAUAAUUUUUUUAUUUUUUUUUUAAUGGAAGUUUUGCAAAAAAAAACAAAAAACACCCCAGGUUACUCUGUGAUCUCCAACUUGCCAUUUCCGUUUUAUCCUGUGUCAUUAGAGAUUUUAUGGCUUGAAAUGAAUUUUAUGGAAAGCGCCCUCUUUUCUCCCCCCUGUGCACAGUCAUUAACACCAGUGAUUCAUUAAUACUCCUCUCUGUUGCCAAUUCGUGUAUUAACGUGGCUAAUGACAUAUCAAUGUGGCUAAUGCUUUAGCAUGAGCAAUUUAUUUAUAUGCAUUUGCUUGCAUAUACUUUUCAACAUUAUCAAUACAAGACAGUGUAUCAUACAUUGCAUUAUCAUUAUUUGGAAACUACAUUCUGUGAGACCUGUUUUGUCUAACACAAGUGAAUCUUUCAGUACGUGAACCUUGAACUGCAUAUGGUUGGUGUAAAAACAAAUUCUAUGUAUGUAUAAUAUACUCAGACCAGAAUUCAUUUUUAUACUUUUUUUUUUUUUUUUUUGUAGUCGAUGUUGUUUACAAAUUGUGAUCUGCCCCUUUACCUGUUAUAAAUGUUAAUAUUAUUACACAUAUGUUGCCAUGCCAAAUACUUGUUACUGUACAUUUGUAUUCCAUUAUUUAAAGAGCUACACUAUUAAAAUAGUGUAAGAAUUUGGUUACAAGUAUGCAUGGCUACAUAUUAAACAUAUACACAUAAUUAGUUGAGAAUUUGCUUAACAGUUUACAUUACAUAUUGCAUGAAUUUACCAAUAAUAAUGGCUAAUAAAGUGACAAUAUUCUUGGUUGAAUUGGCCAAAACAAUCCUACUCACAAUUUAGAAACAUUGGUUUAAUAAAAUGUAACAUACAAAGCAGCUCUCUUUUUGGCAAUCAAACCCUUUAAAUAUAAAGGUAACAUUAUAUAAAAGCAGAUCUGUUCUUUACAUUUUCAUCAAUACUGAAUGUUGGACUGGAAGUUAUAACACAAUUCAGAUCUUUUCUAAUACACCUUUGCAUCCCUCCUGUAGCAAUCUAAUCUAGGAACCUUUGAAACAAAGAAAAAAUGUCUCAUAGCUUUUCCUGAUGUUUGCCCCUUAGAAAAAUGGCUAAGGUGCUUAUUAGAAAAUUGUAAAAUUUCCUAACAGAAGUCAGGGAAUGAACAGAUCAUUAUUUAAACUGGUUUUAUUAUUUUACCUACAAAAGCAAUCCCUCCACUUCCUAUAGAUUAAAAAGUAUGCAAACACAAAAUUAGCUAAGUACAAACAUUGAGAUUCAGAAUACAUUACUCCAAAAACAAGACCUAAAGUUAUCACCUCUCUUUCCAAAUGAUUGAACUGUUCUUACUGUUUGCAGGACGUAAUGUAAAUAACGUGUGAGUUAGUUAUUACAUUACAAGCACUGACAAAGAAACCCUGAAUUUCAUAGACAUAACAAAGUGUUUCAUGCACUGAAAGGGUUAAUUAAGUAUAACUUAAUGCAUGGUACUUGGGUCAGAAAAAUCCGCUGGACAAGAGUCGUGACUUUGAGAAGUAUUAAUGCUUGUGCCAAACUUUUUGACUUGAACUCCCCUAAAGUAUAUUUUGUUCAGUAUGACUCCUAGUUAUGUGUUUGGUUGUUAAAGGGCAACGUCACUACUUUUAGAAUGUUACAACACUGAAUACAAUAUUGAACGUCCCCUUUAUUGUGUGUUAACGGUCAUGUGAUGCGUGUUCUCUUAAAUUUAUAUUAAAGAUUUAACAAAUGAAGCCUCAGUCCAGUUUAAACAAGGCAAGACCAGGGGAAAUAUUGUAAAAGAAGAGGCGAAACAGAAGCGUUGUUUAAUUUUUCCUAUUCCCUGUAUGCUAUCAGGUGCAAAUAACAACAAAGCUUCUAACCAUGUCUGAUAGAGCGCUAAGAUGGAGGCGCCCAACUGCAGGUUAAAGAGAUGUCUAUUUCUAUUUUCUACAUUGAAUUUUUCAUAUCGCACAUAUACAUAUUUCUUAAAUAUAUGGAUAAGUAAACAUAAUAUUAAAUACCCUGGAAAAUGACAGUGCCCCUUUAAGACAUCAUCCUCCCCCAAGCUAAACUAAUCCCAGUCCACUCUGUAGAAGAGGAAUCUGGUGCUGCUUCAUUUAAAUGGCAUUGUUAAUGACCAUUGAUUUAUUACAUGGUAAUGAUUGUAUUUGUCUAUUUGUGUGCUUGUCCAAUGACUGUGUGUGUGCACUGUAUUCUCUUUUUACCAUGUUGCAAUUGAUACAUAUUCUGUCUGCCUGAGGCAAAGAUGCAAUGAUUUGACCUUGCCAAAUGUAGUUAAUGUGUGAUCUUAGCAAUGUCAAGCUGCUGUUUGACAUCACAUGGGAAAUUAGAAGGCAUUUAUUAGGGUAGUUACUGUGUUGUAUCACGUGCACUCAUUACGUUCUAGGGUGUGAUGCAUGUUACUGGACAUGAUGAGCCGCCUUAACAAAAGGUCAUUUUUAUACCCACAAUAUCCGUUCAGUGGGAAUAAGAAGUGCUAAUAACUCAGUAAUGAAUGUAAAUGGACACCUCCCCACUCCCCAUUCCCCCCCCCCUUUUUUGUUUUGAAAAUGUAUUCUCAUAAAAUACAGAAAUGCAACCUCCCCACUGCCCACUAAAAACAUUUCCUACCAAAUUAACCACAUCUACUGAUUCUGCGGAAAACCAGGAACUUGCUGUUAAUUCUUAGCCAGUCCUGAUUUCCAUUGCUUUCAAUGCGACUACUACAUUAUGUCAUUAUGAGUUAUUGGAAUCCCAUAACCAGUACUGGGUCUGUUGAACUUUUACAUUCAUUGUACUUCCCCAGACACACCGAAUAACAACAGUACAUUUUCAUUAAAAUGUUACACAGUAGGCUUUUAUAUAUGUAUACACUAUCUUGUUCCACUCUUUCUUCUGGAACUUGCAAAUCAUUUUAUUCAUUUGUAUGGAAAACAUCCAGACUCCAUCAUCCAAUAAAAAUAUACAUAUUAUAUGUGUUUGUGUUUAAAAACAAAAAAAUGUUUUUCUACAGUUCUUUAACCCCUUAAGGACCAAACUUCUGGAAUACAGGGGUUAAAAUGUCAUUGUGUCACUUUUAGUGUGUCGAGUGCUGCUAUGUUCACAAAUUUCCACUAGCACGUUUGAGUGUUAUUUUUUUAAUAAAUGCCGUAUUGCUACCAUAUAUAAAAUGUGUUUUAAAAUCACAGUGUUCAUUUAUCUGGGGUCUAUCAAACUGAACCAGGAAUUGUAAAUAAUUGACCUGGAAAUUUCAAAUUAUAGGCAAAAUAGCCAGUUGGAGAUUCUUUUCAUGUUUGCUAAUUUAACCUAGACUUUUCAAUUCCCCUGUUAAUUCUUCACUGCCCUCAGUUAAGUGAAUAACUUCAAUUAAGCUCUCUGCAUUUUAACUCAAAAGGGAAAUGUUGACUUUAAAAGCCCAAAAGAAUGUCAUCUGCCAACACCAACCAUCUUCAAUGAAAUGUUUUCUCUCCCCCCCCCCCGCCUUCAUUGUUUCCUGCCAAUGAAACUGUGACACAACUUGUAUCAUUUUGUUAUAUUGCAGUUUAAAUGAUGCCUCAUGGAGUACUCCAAUAGUUAUCUAUAACUUUAUAAUAAAUACAUCAUUAACAAAACAAAUUCUGGUGUUUUAUUAUAUAUAUAUAUAUAUAUAUUUAUCGCUUUAAGGGACACUGGGAUAAUUCAAUAUAAUAUACUAUUUAACUGAUGAAGACUUAUUUGUACAAACGCAACAUGUGAAAAAAGAGAAUUGGUUGGUGUUAACAUGUUGGCAAUGUUUAUCCUUCAUUGUUAACUUUAUUAUUUUAAAAUGUCAAUUUUACCACUACUACCUAUCCCUGGGAUGUAUCCCAGGUGUGCACAACCCACCCAUCGUGGGUAAAAGAACUUGGAAGCAUGUGCAAACUGUGAUUUUUGGCGCCCUGUCUGCAAAAUAUCCAGGUUAAAAUCCUAUAUUCGGGUAUGAAUUGGAUAAAGAGAGUCAACACAGUUUUAGGCAAAUGGUUACUUUGUCCACAUAGCAAACCAUGCUGCCUUUCCAUCUGUGUAUUCAACAAAAAAAAUCUUAAUCCAAGAAUUUAAAAAAUCUAGUUCUUUGCUGCAAUUUAAAUUUACCAUAUUAUAUUCAAUACAGUAAAUGCAGAAAAACACUGCAUAUGAUCACAUAUUAUUUGGCUAAUAUGGUGCUAGUGCGAACACAGAUAAAGGAAAAAAUUAAAUCAAACCUGAUCUACAUACUCAUUAAGAACUUUACUGAUUUAAAUCUGCUGCAUUUUGUCUUGUUUCCCAAAACCUCCUUUAUAUUGUAAACUCGCAGGCCAUCUUGCUAUAUACUUUAUAUAAGCGUUAAAUGUGCCAGAUUUAGGUUUCCUGUGCAGAGCUCUCCUUACUUUUUUUGUUAGUUUGCCUAUACUAUAGUCUGUGAAACACUUACUGUUAACACAAUGCAGCUCUUCGGAAACAUUUGACACAUAAUACAUUAAAACCGUAAUAAUUGCGACAACAUAAUUGAAUCGGUAACCCAAACUGAGCAAGGAGAAAAAACGUAGCAAGGGUGAAUUUAAGUUUGAUGGCUGUACAAUUUUAUGGAGCGUAUAGAAGUUCCGGUAAAUAAAUUAGUGAGGAGAUGGGCUGGAAUGAAUGAUUCCAGACAAAGUGACAACCCUGCUCUAACAGGUUAAACGAAAUGGGCAGGUUAGUGAUUAAUGCAUUUAAAUUCUCGUUUUAGUAAAUAACCCUAUUUGUGCUUUGAGGGUGACUGUAGAGUGUAAUUUUUGACUGCUCUAUCUACAUUUACUGUAAUCGAGAAUAGGCAAGGGUAGAUUUUAAGGAAAACUGGCAGUUUAAUUGUUUUUCCUCUAAAACGUUUUGCUUUAGUAGAAUGACGUAUGAAAAAUAAAACCAAUUUCUCUGAUAAAACAGGCGCUGCAUGGUCUAGUUGUGUACCUGGAUGAUAAACAACCUAUUCUCCAACUUCCAACAGUAAAGGAUAAAUGUCCACCUGGGAUUUCACGCUGAAACAGAUUUCCAAAAGAACAUUCAAUGAUUCUUUCUAGGUUACUGAAACAAUCCCUUGGUGAUUUUGGGGUUUCCUGCCAAUGACAAUUAAAGUGACUUUACCAGUACAUCGUGUUCACAGUGAAAAGUAGAACGUAGGAAGCAAUCUUCUGUGUUACUAGAACUUUGGGCGAACUUGUAUAUUAAGAUGCCCCUACAGUCAUGUAAAGCACAAGCCUGUGUAUGACCUAAUCAUCAUCUCUGUAGCCCAUCCAUUUUCAGGAUAUGACAUUGAGGGAUCAGAAGACCAAACAGGUCCCUAGGAAUGGAAAUAAACAAAACACAUACACAGGUCGGUUUGUAUGCCUAAUGCAUUAACAAAAAGUGUGCUAAAGCCCAGCUAAACAUUUCACUUUUAGAAACAAAAGCAGAGGUAUUUAAUGGGUUUUGACAUCUUUAUGAUAUCAUCUGACAUCGCAUGCAAAUGUAUUUAGAUUUGGGAUGUCAUUGCAUACUGUGCCUCCUAGUUAUACUACAAAUGAGGUAUAGACAAAAUAAAGAACUCAUGAACAAAGUAUAUUUACCUUCUACCAUGUUACCACAAUAUAUAUUGGUCUGACUAGACAGUAACAAAUUUAAUGGAAGCCUGCGGUAUGCAUUAAAUGUAUGUUUAUUGUUGGAAGUGGCAGAGACACGCUGUACAACCUACAGACUGACACAUAUAAGUAAAAGAGAGGUUUGGGAUUACAACCUUAAUUAGAAUUAUGUAAUUUUGUAAUAAACAAGACCGUAUGGAUUUCUCAAACAAACUGGUUACUGAAGAAAAAUCCUUUGGGUGGGUGCAAAGGCCACUGCCAGUUCUGUGUAUUGAGCAAAUAUAAGGAUUGGCAUAAACUUUUAAAAUAAAGUUUAUACCUUAUGUACACAACUGCCAAGUUUUGCUUAAUGACCAAAACCACUUUUGCUUAAUGAAGCAGUUUGGGUGUAUAGAUCAUACCCCUGCAGUUUUACUGCUCAAUUCACUGCCAUUUAGGAGUUAAAUCACUUUUCCUUCUGUUUAUGCAGCCCUAGUCACACCUCCCUUGGCUGUGAUUGACAAAACCUGAAUGAAAGCAAAAUAGUUUCAUUUUCAAUCUGAUGUAACUAACUUUUAUCUCCUGAUUUUAAAUUUAACUUUAAUUACAUACAAGAGAGGCUCCUGCUGGAACUAGCAAGCUAUUAACAGAGCAAGAGAUGAGAAAUUCUAAGUUAAGCAGAAUUUAAAAUAAAGGAAGUGUAAACAUUAGCUGAAUCUUUACAGGAAGUGUUUAGGAAGGCUGUGCAAGUCGCAUGCAAAGAGGGGUUUCUAGGGUUGUAUAAACAAAGUGUUUUAACUCCUAAAUGGCCAAGAAUUGAGCAGUGAGACUGCAGGGACAUGAACUAUACAGCAAAAUAGCGUCCUUAAGCUAAAUUGUUCUGGUGACUAUAGUGUCCCUUUAAUAAAGAUGGUCUGUACUGAAAUUUGCUCUUGGGACACAUCUCAACAUUUGCCAGAAUGCAUUAAAUGACAUUCCAUGCGGAAUUUCUGUGCAGAAUGGAACAGGGGUUGAAAACACAAAAUUUUGCAUUCAAACAGCUAAAGCAAAUUUUACAUUAUGGAAUUUAAUGUUCUGGGAAAAGCUAAUUUUGGCUGCUAUAUUAAAUGCUGGGUUAAAUCAGGGUUCAGUAACUGUGCCUGUAUAAUAAUAAUAAUAAUAAAAAAAACAUUUUGAGUUUACAGUAAAGUGAGUUUUUCCAUAUUUGAUCUUAUUUAUGUCUAUGAAGAUAUUAUGUAUCAGGGUUUGGAUUUGACUCUGAAUAGCAUGCAUUGUCCAGACCAUUAAUUGGGAAUUCCCUUGCAAUGAAAAGAUACUACACUGGGGUUACAGGGUGGGCUAAUUUGCAAAUGAUAUACUGGGAAGACCCUAAUUCUUUUACUCGUUGUAUCACUCUGCCAGCGGAGGUUGUACUGCUAGUGGACAAAGUAAAUCUCUUUUUAAUUGCAAAACCACAAGGAACAAAAGAUGUACGAUAACACAGACGGCUAACACGGGACACAACAGGCAGGUGGGAGGCAGGUGUGGAGUUCUUUAAACAAACACAACUUUGAUAAAAAUAAAAAAAUAGGCAUAACAGAGAGGCCCUAAAUAAGGCUUCUGUUUACAUUAGAUGCAAUCAGAAAUUCAAAAGGCUGGGUGUAAUACACUCUACGCAAACAUCUGAAUUGAUAGAGGCCCAAAUAAGUUUUAGGAUUAUCCACUUACUGAUUUAACUCCCUGAAACCAACGAAUGAAUCUCCGAUUAACCCUCUAGCACUCCACGUUGUGUUUUAAGUUUUCAAAUAAUUUAUAUAUUGUGUAUAUGUCAUUUGACUAUCUACCCAGUCAGUAUUUAGAAUAUGAUAACUGUAAACAUUAUUAUGCAAUUAACUGGACUGUGCUUAUUUGUCUUUAUUAAUGUUAUAAAAUUACUACAAUCUUUCAGAAUUUAAUUAUUCGUGCAAAUCCACUAAUGAUUAUCUUCAAAAGAGAAACAAAUGUGGUUUUUUUUUUGUGGGGGCGGGGGGGGUUUGUGUGUGUUUUCACAGUGUUAGAGAGAAAACCUAGAAUACAAGGUGAGCGCUUGUUCUCUCCAACACUAGACUUUAUACACGUUUUAAUUUAGUUUAAUCUUUUAUGGACCGUUUACAUUCUGGGCCAAUAAUUUAUAAACUAGAAAGGAAUGAUUCUCAGUACUUCGUUUACAUAACCUCCCCCCACAAAAGAUGCAAUGCUUGCCUAGCGUUAAUAUGAUUGUGAUGACAAAACUGAAUGUCUUUCUUUCCUGUAGGUAAAGGGUAUAAAUCUAAAUUUGCCUUCUUUUUAUAAGAUUCAGCAUGCAUUGGUUCUCUGGCUACUGGUGCAUGGCUUUCAUGGUAGCUUAUGAAGGACUUUCUUUAAUAUAGAUACAUAAAAAAAGAAAUUUAGACAGAAGUGUUUGUAUUUCUGUGUGUGCACUAUACAUCUUUUUUUAAUGUAUAUCUUUUUAUUUAUUUAUGUUUCAAUAUUUUAUUAAGUUUUAAGACUUAAGGGGGGGAGGGGUACAGAAGAGAAAGGAUUUAUUUUUUAACGUUUAACUUAAAAAGUGACUUUUUUUCCCACCUCAACCAAAAAGACUUUAUUUGAAAGAAUCAGACCAAAACAAUUUGAACAUAUAAUUGCUUUCUGCUGAUGGUGGGGCAAAUCUCACAAUGCCUCUUAUGUAAAAAUAUAUUGCUCCAUAUAUUAAUGUGUUUUACAAUACCAACAUACCCGGAUUGUCAUUAAUUAUAUCGCAAUGACCUAUUCUGCAGACCAGUGCAAUGAGUAUAUAAAAUCUAAUUGACAAACCAUUUAAGAUAAAAAGAAGUCAGUAAACUGACCGAUUCCAGAAGUAGAUUAACCCCUUAAGGACACAUGACAUGUCAAGAUUCCCUUUUAUUCCAGAGGUUUGGUCCUUAAGGGGUUAAACUUGGGGAGGGGGGAAGCACUGCAACAUGGGGUAUAGAAUGACUGUCUUAAUGGUAACAUUGAAGUUUUGAAACAGAAAAAUUCGAUAAAUCAGAAUGCACAUAAAAUUGAAGAUAAUUAAAACUAAAGAUUAAAACAUUAAUAUCAGAUUAUUGCAUGCCAGUAUGCCCUAUCACAAUUUACAAAAUAACAGCCAAGACCAAAAAUUUUAUAAUUAAUGUGUUAAAUAUGUGUCCCUAUAUGACAUACCCACCUUCAUUAAUAAGAAAACCUUCUUAGUUUUUAAAUGUUGGUCUCACUAUCUUAUAUUAACAUUGUAAAGGCCUAAAUAUAUUUGCCUAACACAUUUUGAUGCAGCAUGUUUUGUUUAUACAUUUGUUAAUGACAUCUUUUAUUUUAAUACCAGAUGAAACGUGAUAUGAAAUUCUUGAAAACAGAUCUAGAUUUUCAAAAUGUUGUAGACACCUAGUGGUGUAUUUUAAAUAUACAAAGACUCCUUGGAAAUAACUUGAACUGUUGGCAUCUAUAUGCUUAUCAUUUUUAAAUUUCUGAUUGUUUCUGGACAUUGCUUAAAUAUGACAAAUAAUUUGGUAAUUGGUUUGAAAUAUAAAACUACUUGGUAACUAUCCAUGGUACUUACCGUUGGUGAGACAUGUCAGAUCAACAUUUCGAGCAAAUGUUAAAGAAAAAUAAACCCUUCCAUUACUUGGGGUAGUAGAAAAAGUGUCACGUUUGUGACAUUACUUACCUCCGCUGAGCCGCGCAGACCCCUGCCGCGCGAUCCAACCACUCUGUGUCUGCUCGGCACACUGAGGGAGACUCACCUCCCUCAAUCCUAGCAGACCUCUUCCAGCCGCGCGGUCUGACUGAACUACGCGGCAGGGUGUAUAUAUGUGUGUGUGUAUAUAUAUAUAUAUAUAUACAUACACUGCUCAAAAAAUAAAGGGAACACUUAAACAACACAAUGUAACUCCAAGUCAAUCACACUUCUGUGAAAUCAAACUGUCCACUUAGGAAGCAACACUGAGUGACAAUCAAUUUCACAUGCUGUUGUGCAAAUAGGAUAGACAACAGGUGGAAAUUAUAGGCAAUUGGCAAGACACCCCUAAUAAAGGAGUGGUUCUGCAGGUGGUGACCACAGACCACUUCUUAGUUCCUAUGCUUCCUGGCUGAUGUUUUGGUCACUUUUGAAUGCUGGCGGUGCUUUCACUCUAGUGGUAGCAUGAGACGGAGUCUACAACCCACACAAGUGGCUCAGGUAGUGCAGCUCAUCCAGGAUGGCACAUCAAUGCGAGCUGUGGCAAGAAGGUUUGCUGUGUCUGUCAGCGUAGUGUCCAGAGCAUGGAGGCACUACCAGGAGACAGGCCAGUACAUCAGGAGACGUGGAGGAGGCCGUAGGAGGGCAACAACCCAGCAGCAGGACCGCUACCUCCGCCUUUGUGCAAGGAGGAACAGUAGGAGCACUGCCAGAGCCCUGCAAAAUGACCUCCAGCAGGCCACUAAUGUGCAUGUGUCUGAUCAAAUGGUCAGAAACAGACUCCAUGAGGGUGGUAUGAGGGCCCAACGUCCACAGGUGGGGUUUGUGCUUACAGCCCAACACCGUCCAGGACGUUUGGCAUUUGCCAGAGAACACCAAGAUUGGCAAAUUCGCCACUGGCGCCCUGUGCUCUUCACAGAUGAAAGUAGGUUCACACUGAGCACAUGUGACAGACGUGACAGAGUCUGGAGACGUCGUGGAGAACGUUCUGCUGCCUGCAACAUCCUCCAGCAUGACUGGUUUGGCAGUGGGUCAGUAAUGGUGUGGGGUGGCAUUUCUUUGGUGGGCCGCACAGCCCUCCAUGUGCUCGCCAGAGGCAGCCUGACUUCCAUUAGGUACCGAGAUGAGAUCCUCAGACCCCUUGUGAGACUAUAUGCUGGUGCGAUUGGCCCUGGGUUCCUCCUAAUGCAAGACAAUGCUAGACCUCAUGUGGAUGGAGUGUGUCAGCGGUUCCUGCAAGACGAAGGCAUUGAUGCUAUGGACUGGCCCGCUCGUUCCCCAGACCUGAAUCCAAUUGAGCACAUCUGGGACAUCAUGUCUCGCUCCAUCCACCAACGUCACGUUGCACCACAGACUGUCCAGGAGUUGGCAGAUGCUUUAGUACAGGUCUGGGAGGAGAUCCCUCAGGAGACCAUCUGCCACCUCAUCAGGAGCAUGCACAGGCAUUGUAGGGAGGUCAUACAGGCACGUGGAGGCCACACACACUACUGAGCCUCAUUUUGACUUGUUUUAAGGACAUUACAUCAAAGUUGGAUCAGCCUGUAGUGUGUUUUUCCACUUUAAUUUUGAGUGUGACUCCAAAUCCAGACCUCCAUGGGUUGAAAAAUUUGAUUUCCAUUUUUUAAUUUUUGUGUGAUUUUGUUGUCAGCACAUUCAACUAUAUAAAGAACAAAGUAUUUCAGAAGAAUAUUUAAUUCAUUCAGAUCUAGGAUGUGCUAUUUUUGUGUUCCCUCUAUUUUUUUGAACAGUGUGUGUGUUUGUGUGUGUGUGUGUGUGUGUGUGUGUAUAUAUAUAUAUAUAUAUAUAUAUAUAUAUAAUAUAUAUAAUAUAUAUAUAAUAUAUAUAUAAUAUAUAUAUAUAAUAUAUGUGUAUGUAUGUGUGUAUAUAUAUAUAUAUAUAUAUAUAUAUGUGUGUGUGUGUGUAGACGUGAUGUAUGUUUUGGACUGCAGUGAUGACGUGGACCUAUCAGAACAUAGGUAAGCCUAUUUAAGGCUUGUUUUAGCCCCCAUUUAUUUCUCUAUUGUGGUGUCUGUUAGUACCUCGUUUAGUGCUCCUAGUGAUUCCCUUGUGAUUUCCUGUGUUUGACCCCGACUUCGUAUUUGACUUGUGAUUUUUGGUAUCCUGAUCCCGGUUUCGUAUUUGACUCGUGAUUUCUGGUAUCCUGACCUUGGCUUUGUCUUGACUCUGAGUAUUCCUGUCCUUGAUUUAUUCUUGACCCUGUUUCUUGUUGUAUAGUUACGUUAAGUCCGGCCAUUAUAAGAUUCGGUAAUACUCCUUUCGGAUCCACCUUUUGUGGUUUCCACUUUCCUGCGUGUGGGUUACGACUCCCCUGACAAUGUUAAAGGACAAAUGCCGUAUACAGUAUCUCACAAACGUGAGAACACCCCUCACAUUUUUGUAAAUAUUUUAUUACAUCUUUUCAUGUGACAACACUGAAAAGAUGACACUCUGCUACAAUGUAAAGUAGUAAGUGUACAGCCUGUAUAACCGUGUCAAUAUUUUGUGUGGCCACCAUUAUUUUCCAGCAAUGCCUUAACCCUCCUCGGCACAGAGUUCACCAGAGCUUCACAGGUUGCCACUGGAGUCCUCUUCCACUCCUCCAUGACGACAUCACAGAGCUGGUGGAUGUUAGAGACGUUGCGCUCCCCCACCUUCCGUUUGAGGAUGCCCCACAGAUGCUCAAUAGGGUUUAGGUCUGGAGACAUACUUGGCCAGUCCAUCAUCUUUACCGUCAGCUUGUUUAGCAAGGCAGUGGUAGUCUUGGUGUGUUAUAGGUCGUUAUCAUGUUGGAAUACUGCCCUGCAACCCAGUCUCUGAAGGGAGGAGAUCAUGCUCUGUUUCAGUAUGUUACAGAACAUAAUUGCCAACAAGGGUUUUGCCACCAAGUACCAAGUUGAAGGGAUCACAUACUUAUUUCACUUAUUGACAUACAAAUCAAUGUAUAACUUUUUUUUUGACAUGCGUUUUUAUGGAUUUUUUUACUCGCUGUUAAAAUACACCUACUAUUAAAAUUAUAGACUGAUCAUUUCUUUGUCAGUGGGCAAACAUUCAAAAUCUCAAGAUCAAAUACUUUUUUCCCUCAUUGUAUAAAAGUAUCUAUGUAUUAAACCCCUUACAUGUUUACUACGUUCCUGUAUGAAAGCAAAAGUAUCUACUACAUUUUCUUGCUAGGAGAAUAUUAAAAUUGAUUUACUACAAAAGCCAGAAGUAUGAUGUUUUUCUGACUUCCAUAAUGUCCAUAGCUUUAUUUCCAAGAGUAGGAUAUUCAUUCGCUUGCAGUUGACGUAGUGACGCAGUGUUGUAAUAUGCCCAAAGGUUGUAGGUUUUCCUGACUUUUAACCUUUUCUCUGUGAGCAUCUUCCUUUUGUAUUUUGUAAGUGUGGUGAGUGCUUUGUUUCCAGAUGUAAAAGUAUAAUUCAUUGUCGCUGCACUCACAGUUCUCGUUACAGUUCCCUGUGGAGCGUGCUACAAUUGUGCAAGAAUUGAAGUGCACGAAUUGGCUUCUGUCAUUAUGUGAAAGGAGAUCUUAAGCUCUUUAAAUCUUUAGUAAAUUAGUAAAGCUAUUGUAUAUCAUGUCCAAUGAGAAAUGUCCUAUAUGGAAAAGAGUUGCUGCAUCUGUAGCCAUCUCUUAUAACAUUUGCACGUGGUUUAAUGAGAACUAGGACAUUCGAACAAAUUUCAUUUAUGUUGUAACAUAAGUAAUUUAUUUCCGUUGUAUAGUUUAACAGAAAUUGUUCUCUUCGUGCUACCGAAACAUGUUCUCACCAUUUAAACCUCAAUUACUCAUCAAAAAGUUUAUUUUUACUCCCUUUUAAGGGAUGUAAUUAAACUGUUGAUUAAAAGAAACAAGGGGACUCCUCUUUGCAUUUUGUGUUCAGAGGUGGGAACCCUGUAAAGUAUUUUUCUGAAAUGGAUCCAUGUAUCCAAAAGAAACUGCCUGAUGUGAUGCAAAAAUAAACUGAUGUAUUUUGAUUCAUCAGAAUUCUUUUUUUGUUUCUUAAGAUUUUUCUGAAAAGUACUAUAACAUUCUUUACUCUGCAGUCAGUUUGUAUUCCAGUUGGGUUUUCAUUAUUCACCAGGUUCACUUGGUGAACCCAUGACAUUCGAAUGAGAUGUAGACCAUGCCCUAUUUAACCAAUUAUCUUAUUAGCCUUUUAUUUGCCUUUUCCUCCCCGGCAGUGCAAGCUGAGACUGGCAUUUAAGCACUGAACAGGACAUUCACAAACUCCUACAGAAUCUUAAACCAUUAUUUGCAGCAAAUCUAUACCUGCUCAAGGAAGAUGUUUAGGUGGUGAUUGCUCGGAUGCAGACCUCUGAAAAAGAUAUCCUAGAAAUACUUCAAGAUGUCUCUGCUGUGGGAGAAACCCUGUAACGUGAGUUAUCUCAGUUUGCCUUAACACUGAAAAUGGACUUACUGGAUGACCAUAGCCAACAAGCCAACAUCAAAAUCAAGGAUACACCGGAUUCUACUGAUAUGACCGAAUUACCAUGCCAUCUCCAAUGCCUCACCACUUUACUCCCUCCACCUAUCCAUGCCAAAAAAUCAGGUGUGAUAAAAAAAUUUCAAAUGAAUAAUUUAAUAAAGGCUCCUUCAUUAGCUUCCCAAGAUGUAAUUAUCUGGUGUCAAUCUCAGGCAAAAAUCAUAUUCUGUCAGUUGUACAGGGAAUCUUUCCGGCUCACCUUUUCCAGGACUAAAAGAUUUUUAGAUCCAGUAACUUGUCAACUUUGGGCAGGUGUAGGGAAUCGGUGGUUGGCACCAAGAUCCUUGACUGUUACCAGAUCCUCUUUGACUGAGACCACAUCGUUCCUUCAGGCAUUGGGGUUUCCGUUUAAGCCUCAGACUGCAGUUACACAUGCCUGGGACACAGAGAGAGUAACUCUUGAUUACAAGGUGAGGAGUCAGAUCAGAAACCAUGACCUGAGCUUCUUCAGUUUAUAGACUUUUUUACUUUUUUGUUAUUGCUGUUUUUUGGUUUUUUUUUUAUGUUUAGCUAAUAAUUCUUUCUUCGAGCAUCCUGAUAUCCUUAAUAUUUUACCUAGCCCAUGGGAGGGGUUUGUGAUCUGUUAUGUUGUGCUCGAGCACACAGGGGCACACCUAGAGCAUUAAACACCCAUGGCUGGUCCAGUUUUAUUUAAUGUUUUCAAAAAUAUUUACUGCACAAAUGUAUAAACUACAUGUUAGAAAGACUUCCCUCAAGGCCCCAUUAGAGACUACAAUGAAAUCUAAUGGGUCCAUUCACCCCAUUCUGGCUCUUGUCAUCUUAAUUACUGUGGCUGGAAGGCUGUUGAGGUUGGCUAGCAGAUUGGCUGCUGCGGCCGGCAGACUUUUUUUUCCCUUUGUGUGUCUGUUUCUCCCCCACAGCCUUUCUGUGUGCCUCUUUGCCCCCCUCCCCAGCACCUCUGUGUUUUUGUGACCCCCUAGGCCCUCUCAAUGCCCUUCUUUGCCUUCCUUUUGCCCCACCUUUUGUGCCGUUAUUUUACUGCCUACUGUGCAUUUCUUUUCUCCUUCUCCUGUGCCCUUCUUUUGUCCCCUUAUCUCCUGUUCCCUCUUCAGUCCCCCUUCUCGUUUUGUGCCAACCUUUGCAUCAUUUAGCUCCCCUCCCCACAUGUUCCCUUCUUUAGCUUCCCUCCCCUGUGCCCACUCAUUCUCACCUGCUCAGCUGGCGGACCGCGGUAGAGGAGCUUCUGUUCCUGUACCCGGACUGACUGGAAGCAGUUCUGUGCUCUCUGUGAGCACUUCCUUGCCCACCCUCCCCCCUGCGGACACCCAUGCCUGAGAACCACAUUGGUUAGAUGUUGUUAAUCUGGGUUAAGUUACCAUGCAAUAGCCCCACUAGGGCACUUUGAGACGAAAUACAAUACAAGCAUUGAACCAAAUUCCUUACAACAGUUAAUAAGAUUACACAGGCACAUAAUAAUCUUUAAGUUUAUAUAUUUGGGUCCAAAACAUGUCAAUAGCUAUAAACUCCAUGCUUGCUAUUAUCUACUAGUUCACGAUUAAUACUGUUAAAUCUUAUCAAAGUACUAGAUUAUAUCCAGUGGUUUGUGUUCCUUUUAAAUCAUUUAGAAAAAGUGGGAAUUGCUCCAUACAGUUGUUUUAUGACAUUUAGGUUCCUGUAUUGAACUGCAUUAAUACUUUUAUUAUGCUUCAUUUCAAGUGUUCCAAAAACACUCAUUUUAUUAUUAGAAUUAAAUAAUGAGGUAUGAUUUUGACUGAUUUGAAUGCACAUUUCUUACUGGCAAUUGUUAACUGUCAAUUCAUAUAUUGUCUGAUAUAUCUCACAUAUACCUCAAUAAAAAGAAGAUGCCAAAUUCAGAGCGCAACUUAGAAGCUAAGAAAUAUGCAGAACACAAAAAGAGAGCGGAAAAAAAAGAAAAAAAAAACCCCACCAAAACAGGGAGAAGGGAGGGGGAAGGAUGGGACCACUAAGGGUCAUAGAGAGUACCCAAAAAGUAAACAUCUCCUCAUUUUAUCAUCAUCAAUGCAUUGUGCCAUCUCAUGUGUGUUUCCUCCUGGUCUUAUUUAAAUCCACGUUUUCAUCAUCUGCUUUCUACCUUUUUUACAUAAUCAUUAAAUUGACCUUGUAAAAUUCUUUUUCUCUGCUCCUGUAAGCCGAAUGCAUACCUCUAAACAAUGUUGGGAGUCUGUCUAGACUCUAGUGUAUGAUGAUGGCAUACCUUGAAAAGGUAAUCUAUCUGGAUUUCCAGUUAUAAUCAUUUGGUGAUGGCUUUCUCGUACAUGCAGGGCUCUUUUUUUCCCUUAUUGUUUAUGGCCCGUACUUUUUUGAGGCACACACAAUAGCCUGCUUUGCAAACUAUUGCUGAAUUUCUCAGGUCUCCCACAGAUAUUCCUCCAUACAAUUUUUUUUUUUGCUUAUUUAUGAUCAUGAUUUUCAGCAUAACAGACAGCGUUCCACCCAUUAAUGAAUGAAGAACAGAAACCAUGCAAGACACUGAAUUUGUAUCCUGUGUAAAAUUUAGCUUAAUGUAAUUAUUUAACCAUGUAGUCAGGCAUUAUUUAAAAUGUGCACUUAAGAGAGAGAAUUUCAUUAUUAACCUUAAAAAUGUUUUCCGAACAAUCUGAUACUUUUAGUUAAUAAUAAGGGGCUAUAAUCAUGUGAUACUGUGACUAGUUAUAGAACAUGAUAAUUGACACUUGAGCCAUGUAUAGACUUAGUAAGCAGAUUCCAAGCAAACACACGGUAGAAGGUUCCGUAGGGAUCAGAAACGUUGACUAACAUAACACAGCUGUUCUGUAAGUGGCUUUUGACUAUCUUUGUUUAUGAUACUUAGUGGGAAUCUGACCAGCCCUUGUUUUGCAAUCCUUUAGAAUUUCGGGUCAAGUACCAUGAAAUAUUUAAUUUUAGGAAAUAAUUAGGCUUUAAUUAACGAUGUUCUUAAAAGGCAAGUUAGAGCAACAUUUAUAUUUUGGGAAUAACAUUUAGUGUCUUCUAGCAUAAUUGUUUUUACAUGUAUGGGUGCAAUUUUCUAGAAUAUAUGAAGGCUCUCGAAAUUGGUUUUAUAGUGCAAGAAUUGACUCUUGCUCUGUGAAAAUAGAUCUUAUGCUCUUUAAAUCUUUAGUAAAUUAGACACUUGGUUCAACUCUUGCAUUUCGUAAUUUUUUUAACCAUUGUCUCUUAAAUGUUUGCAUAAAACCAAAUAAUGUGCAAUUUUUUUUCUCGUUCCUUUUUGAAAAAUGUAUAACCGUACCCAAGGCCUCUUUGAUCAAACAAAAGGGAUACCAAUGGGGCAAGGAUUAGAAUAAAUUUAGUAGUGUGCAAACAAAUUUGAAACAUGUUCCAAUGUUGCCAGUGUUUCUCAUGCUACCAAAUGUCUUGCCUCUAAUGUUUCUUUAAUGAAGCAAAAUGCCAGUGAAUGGUUUCAUAUGAUGGCUGCCUCUCCAUGCAGGAAUAUGAUAGAGGUGUGUGCUUUCUGUGGGUACAGAUUUGUGGUGCUUGUGACUUAAAGGAACACUCCGUUCCCUUAACAACUUUAUUGGAAUUAAUUUAUUAUGGCGCUGGCUUACCUUCAGGCGUUAGCCUGUCAUUAAUCCAGCGUCAUUUAGCCCUGCUCUGCUUCUCAGAUCCUUCAAAGAGGAAGCCUUGGACCGGGGUGCCGCUGAAAGGCUGAAAGCGGCAUCUAAUGAUCUUAGCCAAUCAAUAGCUUACCAUUCUUAAAAAUGGCUUGAGAAAAAUCUGAAAAUUUCUCAAACCAUUUUGUAAAUGGGGAGCUACUAAUUGGCUUAUAGCGUCAGCUCAUGCUCUCUGUCAAUAAGCAGCACACCUAUCUGAGGCUUCCUCUUUCAAGAAUCUAAUAGAAGUGAAAGGACAAGGGCUGAGCUAAGCGACACUGGUUUCAAAACUUUGAGGUAAAUCCAUUUGUGAAUGGUUUAACAACUAAAGGCAGGCUGAUGCCCAGUACCAACUGGCACCAUAACAACUUAAUUCCUAUUAUGUUGUUAUGGUUGUCAGGAAUGUUUCUUUAAGAGGCACAGGACGAAGUGUCCAGUACUUGCUGUACCAUUGCAUCAUAAUGUAUUCAAAAAAAACAAAAAAAACCCUCAUCAAUCUGUAAAAUAAAGUGCUGCAAGGCAGAACAUAUUUUUUUCUUUUACAACAAAGUGAUGCUCAGUAAAAUCUCAUUCUAAGAUAAAAUUGUUUCUCAAAAGGUGAAUGACAAACAAUUUUUCAAUUAGCUGAUAUGGCUUGAAAUUUCCAAUUUUUGGGGAUUUUAAAUUAUCCUGAAAUUUACCACAUAUAUGAUUUAGUAAAAGAAAAAAAAUACUUUCUUGUGGUAGAUUUUGGUAUAUCAGGACAUGUUAAACAAAUACAUGUUUCAAAUAUUGUGUAUGUCUUGUUGUUGUUGUUGUUUUUAUGAUAGUACGAACCUAGAAACGCCAAUUCAGGGUUUGAAUUAUCCUGAAAAUGUUUAUAUAACAAAAUUAAAUUGUGCAGGCAACAAACUCUUUCAAAAUGCAUUCUUUGCCCACAAAAAACAUUCCUAUACCCAUUUGUGACAUUACAUACAUUUCCAGCCUCCAAUUGGUUAACCUUUUUGUGAUUAAAAUGCACAUUUUAGUAUCAUUCUGCUUAAUAAGACACUUAAUUGAUUACUGAAAUCCGAGGCUGCUUUGGAUAUGGCGUAAUAUUAAUAGAUUACUUCUAUAGUUGUCUGUUCAUGUCAUUAGCUCGUCCACCUAACAAAUGCCUGGAUUUCCAGAGGGAAGUGAUAGGUAUAUAAUUACAUUAAUAACAUGCAGAUCAUAUUUUAGUUUUUUCUCUCUUCUUCCAGUAAUACUCACUGCUAAUUAUGUGCAAUGGGUUUUAUCCCACAUCCCAGUAACACUAUCCUUUUGACUAUCUUUUCCAAGAGUUUCAAGGACAUUCUUAUAUAGAAAUUAAAAUAGUAGUGCUUAAAAUGGGAGUAAUUGAAUUAUUAUUAUUAUUAUUAUUAUUUAUUUUUAUAUGGACACUCAAAUGGUCUUGUUUUGCUGAAUAAAUAGCUUAUUUAUUUUUGGCUAGGGUUUUUGAUGGAUUCUUUGACCCUUUUAAAACUGCUUUAGUUUUUUUAAUUUGUUCCUCACUCAAUAACUUACCAUGUGGUUAAAUUAGCAUUGAAAUUAGCAUUUAAAGGGUAGUAGUAGUUGGAAUAUACAUGACUGUUGAUACCUCCGUGAUAAUAUAUAUACAUGAGCACGUUGACCCUGUCCCCAAUAAACAACGCAACACCAUAGUAGUGGGUAAGGGCAACGGCCACAGCUUUAUUUCCAUUACAACCAGUAACCUUACUGUCAGCUGCUGGCUUUACCCAGCAGACAGAUAACCCAACUUUAACCAGAGCCUCUUCAGUCUAUAUCGUGAUCCACCAACUCAGACUGCGACUCCCCAAGCCCGUCCGGGCAAUGUCCUUAAUCCUUGCUGGCGCAGGAAAACCCGCAGCUGUGACAAAAGAAGAAAACAGACGAACAAACACAAACAAACAAUAAUAAUACAUCCUACCAUCCCACCUAAAGGGGAGAGCGGGUGGGAAAAAGCACCACCAGGAUCCCUCGGCUGUGCUAUAGCAGAAUGGUGAGUACUCCCAGAGUUCCUUGCACUUAGCUCCUGUAACAUAACUUGUAAUAAUUUGUGUUACCAUGACAACUACUCCGGCCAGCAGUCAUGUUCCCCCUUCCUUAUUCAGUCCGUGGGUUGGCCUGACCGUUUACAAAAGCUGUUAAUAGCAACUAAUGUGCAUUCAUGACAUUCAAGGAGUACUAUAGAAGGGGAGGUGGUUCCCGAACUCCCAAUAUAGCACUUGCCCUUUCCAACCUCAUGGCAUAAUAAGAAUUAUAAAAAAAAAAAAAAUUAUUAAACUUUUCUCCAUAACAUUAUUUUGAGUGUGGUAUCCUUCUUUAUAUUUCAUCAUUUUUUUGGGUGGUUGUCUAAGUGGGUAACCCCAAUACCUGCACCAUCUUUCGGUAGAGUGCCAGCUUGCCAUUGUAUUGUUUAUAUGCAGAAUUAAUGUGUCCAAAUGAGGAAGAUACAAUCCAAUGAUAUAUAUGUAUAUACAUCUUCAUUAAUAACCACUCACACACUUAUCUUUUACAUAAUCGAAGUCUGUGAUUUUGGUGGUAGUGGUUAGAUGUGAGUAUGUAUCAGAGGACAGGUCAGACAGCUGGAAGUCCAAGGGUUGGGAAGAUCUAGAAACCAGGAAGGACCAUAGAAGAAUGAGAUCCGGACCAGUAGAAUAAAUGGAGGGAGGUGUAUAACAGUUAUCCAACCAGGUAGACUGGAGCAUGAAAUCUAGGUGCAACAACUUAGAGAGGUAUAUUGGAGGAGCACAAAACAUACAUACACGCAAAAUGUUGCUGAAGAAUAUUGGGAUACACAGCUAGCAAGUUAAUGAGACCAUUAGAGGAUUUAAAGGACCUGGUAAGAGCCUAAGAACAGGAUAAAGUAUGCAGGAGAGUGAGAAAAUCUGCUGAAAAGCUAUGAAAACAGUUAACCGUAAAGACGUGUAUCAGGAGUACGGGUGUCUUGUAAGCAAGAAACACAGGUUGUAGCACUUAUGUCAGCAUCACCUAGAAUUAAUGGGAAUAGAUGUUGAGGAGAACUUAGAGGAACACUGCAAGCACUAAACAACCUCAGCUUAAUGGGGUGGGUUUGGUGUAUAUAUAAUGCCCCUGCAGUCUCACUGCUGGAUUCACAGUUACAAUUACUUUGUUUAUGCAGCUUUAGCCAUACCUCCCCUGCAUGUGACCUACAUGGUCUCCCUUCACACUUCCUGUAAAGACAGAACUAAUGUUUAAACUUCCUUUAUUGUAGAGUCUAUUUAAUUUUGAAUUAUUUUUAUCUAUUGCUCCAUUAAUAGCCUUCAGGAGCCUCCUGUGUAUGAUUUAACGUUAAAUUAGCAGAGCAGAAGAGAAUAGAAUCUAAAUGAAACACAUCGGAUUAAAAAUCUAAUUUUUUUUCACGAAGGAUAUGUGUAAGGCAAGGUUACUGGAGGUGUGGCUAGGACAGCAUAAACAGUAACAAAGGUGAUUUAAAUCCUAAAUGGCAGAGAAUUCAGCAGUGAGACCGAAUGGGCAUGAUACACUAAAACGGCUUCAUUAAGCCCAGGUUAUUUUGGUGUUUCAAGUAUAACUCUAAUAGUGGGAAAGCAAGCUCUUUAAUGGCACUGAAGUGGUCAUGAUGCUAGACCAUUUACAUACAUCACAUAAAUUGCUGAUUUGACUACAUAGGCAUCCUUUACACCUUGCCAAAGCACAGAGAUCGCAUAAGCCUCAGGCCCAGGCAAUAGACAGUCUCUGGAUCACCCACAAUAGCGCUACUGUAAUUAUUAGCUGCAUACAACAAAAUUAAUCAUCCGUAUGCAUGAACCAGACAGAUGGUAUAAGCAGUACUAGAGAGAACCCAGAUUAAUGACGUACUAGGAAUGGGUAAUGGCUUAUGACUUGUGUGUAUAUAUAUAUAUAUAUAUAUAUAUAUAUAUAUAUGCUCCAUGAAGCACGUUAUUUUAUUUGACACAAUGGAAUGGGUGAGAAUGAACAACAACUCUGAUAACAGUCUUUAGUCAACUGAGAGAAAGGUGGGUAUAAAAGCAGUAGACAUAUGAAAGCAGGUCGAUCUUGAAUGGUGUUAGAUGGUUGUGAUGUGUCAAAGUUCACAGAGUAAAGAUCAAUGGAACCGCAAGAGAGUAUUGUGUGUGGACGGAGUGGUAUCUGUUAAGAGCUACAGUAGAACAGAGAUAGAAAGUUCUAGUAGUUUGGCUAAUUUAUACACUGCCAAAAAGAAGCCUGCAAAUGAGUCAGAAGCCUAAUGAAAUAAUACCCAGUGUCUUGGAAAUACUUGACUGUAAUAAAUCCAACUGCAUCUAUGACCUUUUUCAUUGUCUUUAUUUAAAAUGUUUAUUCCAAAGGACAUGGUGGAAAAGUUUUGCAAGUAAAGGAUGCAGUGUUUUUGAAAUUAUGACUUUUAAUUGUAGUAGAAAACAGAUUGAGCUCUUUUGAAAACCAGGGUAAGCAAAGAUCUCCUCAGCUGUUAACGCUUGAAGAAUUAAAGCUAGGAGGGGAAUUUUAAUGUUUUUAUUUUUAAGGCUGGAUGCUACAGAGAAGAACGAAGGUGAUGAAACGUGCUUGGUCUCAUGUUGUGGCUCCAUUACAUACCCUGGAAUGAAGUCACAUAAUAUGAAGUUGGAGCAAUAGCAGUGUUACGGUUGCCUAAUAUGAAACUGGUAAUAUCAUAAACGUCAGUCUGGAUAAAAUUCAGGUUUGCAUAACAGGCCAUCUGGAUAUUAAUAGACUGCAUUGGGGAUCUUCAUUUAAUGAUCGAAGUUACUAGCCAAGGCUUGAAACGACUUACCACCCAAAUGCAUGUACCAAACAAUGGCUGAGGAUCAUGGCAACAAUGAAGAGGGGUCCAAACUAGUAACCUGCCUAGGCCUCCGUGGAGUCUUAAAUCUUCUCUGACAUAAACCACUUAAUGUGCCUGGAAUCUGUCAUUUUCUUGACUGUUUAUAAAGGUGCUGGCUUUAGUAGAAAUCAGCCUUUUUUAUAAUUGGAGGGAGAGGGCGGGGCAGGGUCUCUUCCUGGGCUUUCAGCCAGCUAGGUAGGUAUUUUUCCAUUUCUGUUUUCUCCUCAGAGCUAAUGAAGCAGCAGGCAUGCCUGCCCUCUCUCCUUUUCAGUGAACCAUAAGAAAGGCACCAUUGCCGCUCUAGCACAGAGGUUUCUCAAUGAGUAUUCCCCAGCAGUGACUGAAAAGAAGACGAUGGCUUGCAAAGGCUGCAUAGAGCAUGUCUGCAGCUUUUACAAACUAUUUUUUGUUUUGUUUUGUUUUUUAAAUACCCCAAAGAAAACGCUGACAAAAUAAUACUUGCUUGUUUUUAUUUGAAGGUAUAUCUUAUCUACUCUCACAUGCUGUGUGGUGUUGAAGGGGAGUGGGCGGGUUCUACAAUUGAACAUUCCAGUAUAUACAGUGCACUUACAAGAUUUGCUUGGGAAACCCUUCGACAGUAUUAAGGCUUUCCUGCCCUAUAAAUGACUGUUUCUAUUUUAAAUUUCAUGUGUGUUAAACUUGGAUUUGUAAUCCACUCAUAACCGUUUUUAGCCACCCUGAACUCAUGAACUAUUGACAGCUAAUGAUUAAUAAUGGCCCAAUGGUCACUAUAUAUGCAGCACACUUAAGUGACUAAUGUAUAUUAUGAAUGACUUCAUCAGUCGGUGAUAAAGGUGUGACACAACUGUAAAUAUUCACAUUUAUUGGACUAAUGCUGCUGUUUAGGCCCUUUCUGACAACACUUUAUGUUCCAGUAAUGUUUUGAUGGUGUCAAAGUUCAUUGCGGAUGACUAUUUACCAUUCCGAGGCAUUAUAUAUGGUCCAGACGCAAGUUUUAUGUUAGUACUUUAUAUUAAAAAAGUGCCAAUAUCUUCCACAGUACUGUACAAUGGAUAAACUAAACAUACAAUUUGUGAAUAAUAAAUACACCCGGAAAAAUGAGACCAGGACAGUCUUGCAGGCAGUCCACGGUAAAGGAGUAAAAUUACAUAGAACCUAAAAGUAUAGUAAGAGAGUGGGUUCUUGCCAUGCUUGUAUAUCCAGAAUAUGCAUGUACAAUAGAAAAAAAUAAAAUAUUUAAUUAGUUUUUUUUGUUUGUUCUACUAUCUGUGUAUAAUGGCAGGGCUGUAGCUACUUUCUACAGGGUCACUUCCAUCCCACAUGUCACCAAGUAGAUAUCAAUUCACAUGCAAUAUCAGUAAAUCAUUUGAAUAUUCACCUCAAUUUAAUAUAAAGAAAUAUGACCAGGAAAUGCUUGAAUAUACGUUAGAAAUAAUAGAGCUGUUUUUGUUUUUUGUUGUAAUUUUUUUUUUUUAGGCCAGAUGUGUAUUUACCAGUACUCCUGACGUAAUGAGCAGUCUGCAUUAUAAGUCUUUACCUUUUUGGUUGUUGUUUUCGUCCUUCUGGACAAUCAUGUCACCAAAAAGAAAUGUAAAAAUCACAAAUAACCAUAGCAAAUGCAUAGUUACAUCUCCGCAUCAUAAAUCUUCCACAUCUGGCUCCCCACAGGAGGUGACCUUGUUCAACCCAGCUGUCAAAAUCUGCAACUGUAUGACUUCUUCCCAAGUCUAUUUUGAAUUCACUCACUGCGCUCAGUACAGAGCACAAUUUUAUUUUACACAGUUAAUAAUAUUUUUUAUUUAAUUUUGUUAGAUUGUUCUGAGUGCGUUGUCUGUUUUUAUAUUUAAAAAUAAAAAAAACUUUAAUUGUUUGUGCUCUGAUAAGAAAAAUAAUCAAAUUAAACCUGUGGCAUAAUAAGCUUUAGAUUUAAUCACCUUCCUAAACUAACCUACGUAUAUCGGUGGACUUUGGAUUGUUCCUGCUGCCACUGAUGUUGGAGGUCCAAUGAUGAGAGCUGGAGGACCUCCCUCUGCAUACUUAAUCUCAACUGAAUGUGAUAAAUGUUUUGACCUCAUUCCCAAAAUCCAUCUUUACAUCUGCAGAUUGUCUAGUUAAGACAAAUGGAAACGCAACUCAGCCACACUACACUACCAUGACGUUGUACCUAAUUGUAUGUUUCUUCAUUUUUUUCAGAACCAGAGAUAAACUUUGCAGUUGACUAUUGUCUAAAUGUAUUUUUAUAAUGUGAUAUUUGGAAUUUCCAAAGGUCACCAGCUUUAUCUCGGGGUAAAGUAAGUCAAUGGGCAUUUAUUAAUUAAAUGAUUAAUCUGGGGCAAUGAUGAUUCUAUCAAUUUUUCUUUGUGUUAAAGCAAAAAACAAAGAUGUGCAAAUAUCACAAAGCAGAUUAGUUUUAGAUGAGAACUUUGAACACAUAUUAGAAAAGACAGCAGCGAAAUACACAUUAUUUUAUUAGAAAUUUUAUCUAUGUAUUAUCUCUGCAUUUUAAAAUACAAUAACACGUGAUUCUGCAAAAAAUAAUGCUAUGCAAUCAUGCUAUUGGAAAAACAUCUAUUCUAUCAUAAACAUUUCUGUGUUCUCUAACUGUACAUUUUCAUGACAUAACUGGUGAAUCUUUGUGUUACGUUUUUCAUGAGUUUUUGUUUUUUUUUGUAUGUGUUUUUUUGGGUGGUUAUGCUCAUGAGACUUUUGCCUACACUUGCUCUUAACUCGUCUGUCCCUAAUCACGAAGAUUAAUAGCUGCAAAUAUAAUCAUUCUUUUUAACUAAGUGGUUGACUUAAGUGAAGGACACUUGGUAAAGAUAAAACAAACACCCAUGAGAAUGGAUGGACCUCGCAGAAGUGAAUACAAGCCAUGAUGCACUGGAGGCUAAAGUUUUUAUGUCAGAGGUAAAAAUGACGAAGGCCAAACUUCGCUGCUUGCUGUGAAACCGCAAUAAAAUAUGGUGUGCCUUUUCUCUUCUAUGCUGGAGCUUUUUAGUUUUUUUCAAACAUUAAGAGUUAAAACGAGACUUUAAUUUUAUUUAUUAGUAUUACACAUUACUCAUCAGACAUGUUGGAAAGGAUGUCUAUAAUACCAUAUAUUUAAAUACAUUACCACAUUCACAAAAGAAGCGUAUUUGCCUGUUUUUUUUUUUUAGGGAUAGGUAUUUGCUCAUCUUUAUUUGGUAUUGAAUUUCUGUUAUAGAAAAAUCCAUUAUCAAUAAGUAGUAGAAUUAAAAAAAAAAAAGUAAAGAUGAAGCAUUGUUCGAAAAAUCAGACGCCUUCAAAAACUAUAGUUUAAUGCAAUUAAGACACUCUUAACACUCUACUGCUUUUUUUCCUGUAUUAAUUUUUUUUUAAAAUUAGCAAAUCGACGAACACGGUUUGAUUUGUGUUGCUGAUGAGAGUGUGCAUUGACUUUAGCAUUAUCAUCUUUUAUCAGUAUGUAGUGCGAUUUGUAAACCUUUGCUCUGAACUGUGGAGACAUCAUCAACGCGACCUCUUCUGUGUUGCUGUAUAUGUUUCUAUCCCUAGCUGGAUAGUCUUAUUUUCAAUCAAUACCUCCCCACUGGGGAUGUUAUUUAUUGAUAUUAUGCCAGCUCUCAUAUCUAUAUGCUGACGAGAUACAAUUGCAAAGCAACAGCCCGAGCCAGCACUGGGCCUGCGGUCGUUUUUACUGUUCGUUCUUUCUGUCCUCAAACUAAUAGGUAGAACUGUAAUAAAUACAAACUGUGCAGCUUACAAUUAAUAAGGGGAAGUGCAUAUAUUGAUUGAUACUUAAUAUGAAGAAUGAUACUUUGUUACAUUUUCUGUUUGUCAUUGGCAAAAGAUUCUUCUGACUGGGAUACAAACAAUAAGUAUAGCGAACAAAUUUAAUAUAGUCUCUCAAGUUAUAAAUAUUAACAGAAUUUCAUUAUGUUUGAAUGUGUUGUAAAAAAGGCAGUAUUCAAAGAUAGUCACUACUGGUAUGGUUUUCUUGAGAAAUCGGAUCAGUCUAACACUGAUGAUUUCUUAAUGCCUUCAGUAGUGGUGACUGUGUAAAGGUGCCGUGUACUCUAAGCACCAAAGCCACUAUAUGUCUAUACCGUGACAAACGUUGGAAUUGACAGUCAGAAAUGGCAAGGUUAACAUAAAGAAGUCAGAAUUCAUCUAGUGCCUGCCCAUUGGCAAUUUGGCUUUGCCAAACAUUUUGGGACUGCCUAUGUUUUUUUGUUUUUUUUUGCAGUCUUUUUUUUAUAUGUGCAUAGAUGUGCAAUCAGGCUUGGAGUGCCACAGCAGCGAAAACCAGGCUAUAUGAGUGUAAACUGGAUCAUGGCAAAUGAGUGAAGUGCACAUUUUUUGUAAAUAAACAUGUUCACAAAAUAUGUCAUUAGAAUAAAGUAGCAUAGACAAUAGCGUUUUGGAAUAUUAAAUAAAAUUAGAGAAAAUAUUUCUAGUUAAAGAAACUGACUACACAGUGUAGAAUACUUGAGAGUGGAGCCACCAAGUAGUUGAGACACUGAGCUCAAUUGCCAGCCCUGAAGUGUGUAUUCGGUGAAGGAGCACAAGACAGGCAAGCUAAAGUGAUGCUCCAGAUAGUAGUUAGGGAGAAGCAUAGACCAUUAUAUAGAGCCUGAAUGCUUUCCCAUACCAGAUGAACCCUUGAACAUAGUCCACUCAAUAUAUGCUUGUUUCAAUCAGAUCCAGACAGGCAAAGUAAGAGAUUCAUGCCUCCAAUGGUGCCAUAUCGUACAGGAUUACCAUGGUCCCAGGUGUUAUCGGGAACCAACUCCCAGUAUCCAGAGGCCUCCACCACCUUAACUGGGAGAAAGCCUCGAGAUCCCGGAUGGUGGUGUUUCACUCCAGGUCGUGGACCAUGGACGGUGACAUUAACCUUCUUGGUUCCCCACCUAGGAGGGGUGUGCCGAACUGGAGUUCUGGCUGGAUGUGGUGUCUUUGGUGUAGGUAGUGUAAUUAGCUUCUGCCAAGCCUCCCAGCUUCUCCAGGAUUGCUGACACACUGCAUCAAACCUUUGCAGAAAAUCUGUUACCAGAAUCUGAGGACUGCCUGCUUCCCAUGAGUAGCAUUGCUGUCUGCCAUCUUGGAAAGGCUGCGUGUAGGCUGUUUUCAAGGUUUUGUCCAGGAGUAGCAGAAAGGUGACUGCUCACUUGGUGGGGGCCGGUAUAACCCCUGCCAGCCUGGGAUGGGAGGAAGGACGUGAGUGCAGAGCUCUGGAGACCCACAAGAAAGGAGGCCUGGUCCACCCUGGACAUAGAGAUUGGCCUCUUAUUCCACCAGGGAAACACCAUGCCUCAACAAGCUAGAAGCCGCAAACGUUGCUUAGCAAGAAUAGUGUGCCUGGAACCCACUUCAAUGUUGUCACCUCUUUGCCAGACAAAAGUGAGGAAAAACAAGGUAUUUUGCCCUCUAAAUCACUUUUAUGGUAAGUGUAGUCGGGAGCUUGUGCUUUCUGCAGCCAUUCAGGAUGGCAUGCAGGCCUCGCCCCUAGACUGCCUAACGAUUUUUUGAAAAAAAAUGUUUUAGCAAAUUUAUUUAUGUAUGUAUUUUACAUUGUGAGCUGGAUAAUCUAAACCUUUGGGUCCAAAAACAUUCAAAUGUAUUUACUUUUAAUGUUUGUUCUUUUUAAAAAUAGGCCAGUCAGAAAUCAAUACACAAAAAAACACAAUUAAUAAACUCUAUAAAAACUCAAUCAAGGAUGCAUCACAUGCAAAAAGGGCAGAGCAGCAUGUAGGUAAUUGGAUCAGACCUGGAAGCAUUAAUUAAAAUUAUGGUAAAUAGAUGGGAUAUCACAGUAUUCAGGAAAUAUUAUAAAAAAAUUGAUAGUUGACUUAAACAUUGUGAUAACCACGGACAAAAAGAAGCGAUAUCAUAGCAUCAUCCAAAUUCUUGCAUUCUUGAGGUUUUUGCCUGGAAUUAUGCUGAUUAAAAUACUAUCCACAGUUGGAUUCUCUCCCUCCGCCAUGCAUUCUGUCAGUGGAAAGGGGGAGUGAGGCAGCUGUAAGUGAUUUUUUAUUUUUUUUUAUUUUCUUUAUCUUGCUCAGGACAUGGGUGUUGGUCACUGAGCGUGUAAGGACUUGUGAGCGUAAACCCAUAUUUUUAUCCUUGUAUGAUGUGUUUUGCUGAGGUAUGUGUCACUUUUAACUAGCAAGAGUCACACUCUCAUCUAACUUUUCUACCCUGUGGGCUACUUUGCAUUAUUAUCAUUGAGUAGGUACUCAAGUGGUACAUCAUACUCUGAGUGAUGGUGCGCUUUCCUAGUUUGAUGUGUCAUUUUUGUAUUUAUUUUGGGAUUUUGCAAUAAAUGCUACAGUUUACUACAUAAAGAUUUAGGUUGGGGGUUGGGGACGACAACAUUUUCUCACCCAGUUGGUGGAAGUCUAACUACUGUUGUGAAUAACUGUGCCUUAUUCCUGCAAUCCUUAUCCUUAUCUGAAAAACGUGUGAAAUCCGGGUUAUUAACUAAACUGUAACGUGUGUGUGUGUAUAUAAUAUAAAUAUAUAUAUGUAUACACACAUACUGGAGACACCUCGCUGACCAUAAGAAUGUCUACAGCAUCCUCUGUGCAGGUACCUAAAACCAUUGCAGAUCGUUCUCUAAGCAUCUAACCAUAGUAAAACACAUUGCCAAUAGUAAAAAGACUAAAAACAAACAAGCAAAAAAGGCGCUAAAAGUACUGAAAUAAUAAAGGUAAAGUAGCACCUAAGAGUGUACAAGCUCACAAAACACCAUACAGAAAAUACAAAUAAAAAGGUGCGCUGUACCUUUAAAAAUUAAAAGUGCAAAUAGUGCAUUGAAUAGUGCAAAAAAAAGGUGUAUACACAAUAUAAAUACACUCAAUAUAACAUAUGUGCAAAAUUGCAAGUGAAUAGUGAAAAACCAAUAUCAAAAUAAUUUACAGAAAAAAUAUUAAAAUUGGAAUAUCACUCACAAAGAAAGAGCAGUAAAAGCCUGCUCUAACUGAUCCAGCUCAUACUCCACAACCCAGGACUUAAAUGAUGGUGCAAGAUAGCAGGACGCCAGCUCAAAAUGUAAACAGCCUUUAUUUCUUAAAAUAAAAUCCACGAUCAAAAUUUCCAAUUAGAAGUCUAAUAACCAUAUGUCAGUGCUAUAUAGAAGAUAUCUACCAGUCCUUGGCAAUUUUCGGCACUGCAGGUUUCACUUUCUGGAACUCUGAGUUCCGUCCGAUCACGUGAUGGUGUGAUGACAUAAUUGACGUGAUGACGCGUUUCGCCCAAUCUGCUUCCUCAGAUCAAGUACAGCCUUUUAAAGUCCAUACUAUGGGCGUGGUACUCAUCAAUUAUUUAAAUGGCUUCCCAUAGUCUUAUUUGGGGUAGAUCUCCUAAAUGUCUUAUUUGGGAAGUCCCAUAAAACGUACAACAAUAAAUUUAAAAAUAGCAAAAAGCUAAUCCACUUCCUCAGAGACAUCUAAUUCAUAAAUGUCCAUACAUCAUAUUCAAAACAAUAAUAAAAUAACAGAACAGAUAUAUUGCAUAUAUAUUUUUCCUCAGAGACAUCUUAAUAAGAGAAAAUAACAGAUAAGAAAUGUAUAAGAAAAUAUAUAUAUAUAUAUAUAUAUAAUAGAAAAAGGGGGGAACACCUACUAUAAAGGAGGAAAAAGAGGGUAAUUAAUAUUAUAAUCAUAUUAAAAUGAGAUCAUUCUAAAAAUAAAUUUAAAAUAAUGUUAAAAGACAGCAUACAAAAUUAAAAAAACAUAAAAUAGAAAAAUUAAAAAAAGUUGUACAAGUCAAAUUCAAUUUUAAGACCCUUAGGUUCAAGGGUAUCUAAUGUGUGACCCCAUUUCAUUUCUUCUUUCCCUAAAUGUUGGAUAAAGUUACUUCCUCGCCAUGGUUUCUUAACUAGUUGAAUUCCUAAAAAUGAGAGGCCACUAGGGGGGCCACAUUGGCAAUAGUAAACCGACCGUAUCACUUCUUUGAAUAUAGAGACAUUAGAACAUUGCUCAAAAGGUGUCAAAUAUUUUAUGUAUAACAGUCUUUUACAGUAUUUUCAUGUGUAUGGCAACUUGUAAAAGGAAUUUUAAUUGAGUCUUGUAUUCCAAGCUUUUUACAAAGAUUAGUGAGUGUAUGUAGACAUCAUAAACUUUAUCAAAUUUUGACUCUGGUGGAAUCAGCCAAGAGGUCAAUUUCUGGAUACAUGGCAAUUGGAUAGUAAAGCGUUUUUAUGUCAUAUGAUGGUUAAUGAUCUGUCUCUCGGAAAGUGAUGGUCAGUGGCUGUUUCCACCUUGGUCUCAAAUAAAAGGAAAUUAUGAACUAUGAGAAUAAAGACACAUUUACCAAUCUUUGCCAAAGUUAAAGGCAUUUUUUUUCCCAAAUAAGAUUUGGGGACAUUAUCCAAAACGUGUUCAGUUACAUCACAAAAUAUAAACAGCCAGUGGUAUGUUAUUUUGCAACAAUGAGGCCUAGCCAUGGCAGUGCAUAACACUCCCUUCUACUUGACUUCCCCCUUUUUCUAUCAGUGCUGGUUACAAAAAUAUUACUGGUACUGAAAUUUGUAACGAGGGACUCCAAAUCCCCACAGGACAAUGAAUUAUUGGCAUGUAAAUUAAAUGUGAUUUUACAAAGUGUAUUAACCAUAAACAAGUAGACCUUAUUUAUACACUAAUGAAUUGGAAUAUAUAUAUAUUAUAUGUGUGUGUAUGUUUUUACAUAUAUAUAUAUAUAUAUAUAUAUAUAUAUAUAUAUAUAUAUAUAUAUAUAUAUAUAUAUAUAUAUAUAUAAUCCACUCUUGUUUUUUUUUGUUUUUUUGUAGUCGUUAUAUUUUCUGUGCGACAUUUAUUUCCUAUACCUGAGGUACAUUUUUUACAGAAUGAAGCAAUCACUGAAUGCAUAAAAUUAUAUAAUUGUGGUACUUUUAAAGCCCAUAUAUAGAUAUCUUGUUUACUCAGCAGAAAUGCAUGCACUCCGACCUGUAUGGAAGUAUGUGCACAGUGACAUCUUGUGGAUAUUUGUAGUUAAGGAAAGCUUACAGGGCUGGUAACUAAAGUGAGAACAUAUUUUAAAGUGAGAAUUUCACAUUUAUGACCAAAGUAGCCAAACUGAGCUAACGUUACUGAUUUUUUUUUUUUCCAGAUCAGCUAUUUUGACCUUAAAGUAGUAGCUGAUGCAUUGUGAAAUGUAUAUUAUUGAUUUUGGUUUUUAUUAAUGCAUUUAACAGCCCAUCCCUCUCUAUUUGUCAAAAUAUACAACAAACCAUGAAUUCCAAAAAUCACAAUAUUAGUCUUGGAAACAAAUUCUCUAAAAUACAGAUUUUGGGGGCGAAAGCUGUCAAGCCAUUGUUGAUGCAUUUCUCUUGAGAUACCAUCUAUUUCUUCUCUUGCAUCAUAUCUACAAACAAAUAAGUAACAAAACAGCUACUAAAUGGUAAUAAAUACCGAGUUGAGCAAAUGAAAUCUACAGACAAUUUAGGAUUUACACCUAUAAAACAUACCUAUAUGUCCAUUUAUUACUUUAUAGUUAAUUCUUUCUGAUAAUUUAAAACUCAAUCUGUCAGGCGUCUCCAGACCACACAUUUUCAUGCUUGUCCACAUUACAUAUGGACAAUAUACUGCCCAAAUACUAAAAAGUAAACUCUGUUUAGUAGAUAUACCUCCAAUGAAAGCAUGCAUUUAAUUAUGUGUUGAAUAGUCAUUUUAUUAAGAGUGUCCAUUGUUUAUAUUCUUUGUUAUUAAAGUCUUAUUAGCAUAAAAAAAUAUCCUCAAUCACAUCUGUUCUCUGUUUUGUGAUCCCUACAGCUGUUUCUGGACUUUACUUUCUGAGAAAGGACUAUCAUGAAAACCUAAACAUAGAUCAGCCUGCAGGGACACGUCUGUUGCAGGUCCAUGUCAUGAAAGACACCCCAGAGGAGGUUCCUCACUUCCAGCUCUGUCAAAUUCUGAUGAGUUCUAACCCUUACUUCCAUUUCUUCCACAUUGAAGAACAGACAGGGAUUCUGUAUCUGAACCGUAGUCUAGAAAGGAUAGAUUUCAACCAUUUCAGUAAGUCCGAUAUGCAAUGUGUAUUAUGUUUAACCUGUUCUAUGUAUCGUCAGAUACUUUUUAAUUUAUUACUGACGUGAACUGCGACAUUAGUGAAUUACUCGAUCACUUUCCAUAUUUCUUGAUUUAUAUAUUGAGGGUGAUCAUCACUUCUCCGCAAAACUACCUCACUAAAUGCAACUUUUAACACUGAAAAUCACUUACAACUUAUGUUAAUCUUUUAUUCAUAUGAUACUGUGUAAAAAAUAUAUAUUAAGAUGUAUGAUUAUAAACCAGUUCUUUCCAAGCGAAGCCAGGGCACUAAUUGAAAACGAGGGGGUGAAACAAAAACACUGUUUGGUUUAUUCUAUUCUCUCUGUGUUCUAUUCGCUUUUAACAAUGAUGGACAUGGAGCUAAGGUGUAUGGGCCUAGUUGCAAGAUAAAGCAAUGUGGAUUUCUCAUUUAAUUUUAUUUUUCACACCUAACAAAUAUUUCUAUUUUUUUCACACCUCUCUUGAUGCCAAGUAUGUUACUGAGAUCUGAAGGUAAUGCCUUGACCUGAAGACUGACCUCAACCAUGUCAUUGAACAUGCCGUAAUUUAAGAAUGUAUUGUAACAACGAUAUUUAUAUAUAUAUUUCCAGUGGCAACUGUAAGAGAGAAGAUUUUAUUUUUGUUUCUCCUAUACCUCACGUGCAUUUAAUCAACCUAUGUGGGGAGUUGAAAAAACAAAAAAGUUUACAUAAUGCAUGAUAUGUUGUAUUUGAUUUUUCUUUUCCUGUACAUUUUUAAGGGAGCAUAUCAUCUUCUCAGAGGAUUAAUCUCAAGGUGUCCAUCUUGCCACGGCCAUUUGAAGAUGAAGAUGACUGUGACAGAGCUCCUUCCAUCAUGGUCCGUCUCAUCCUCAAUAACCUCACAUCUCCAAGCUGCUCCUCGUUACAGCCCAGGCAUUUUUGUUUCAGUGACACAGAACUCUCCUUUCACAUCAAGGAAAACAAACCUCCUGGGAACUUCUACAAAUUUUUCCCUGACCCUGCUGUGCAGCGCUGUCCAAACAUUACUGUAAAUUACAUGCUAAUAUCUGGUAAGGGAAAAGGACAUUUUGAGGAAACUAAAAGAAGGUAGCAGGGACAUUCUUCCUACAUUAUUUCACUUGACUUUAUUACAAUUUGCUUAAGAUGCUCUCUUCGUUGUGUUUUCUAUUUUUUUUAUUUUAUUCAUUUCUAGUAGCUUUUUUUUUUUAAAACCUUUUUGAUUUUAUUCCACAUUACACCUUAUAUUAUGGUGUCCACUAAUCAUGGCUUCCGUUUUGUUUUGUUUUUUAUUGCUUUCAUGUUUUCUUUCUCUUUUCAUUUCUGUCCAUCCUCUUUUCCACAGAGAUUUCCUUUUCAGUUUUUCUCUUAUUUCUUCAAUUCUCCCUCCACCCCCAUUUUCCAUUGUUAGAUCUCCUCCUCUGGGUUCCUCACCCUUUCCAUCAUUUAUCCCCCUACUAUUUUCCAUCCUCCCUAUAUUUGCAUUCUUUGAAUUAAAUUUCACUUUGUCAUGUAUCUCAAUCUUUUCCACCAAUUUUCUCCCUCUUUUCUUCCCUUGUCAUUGUCCUAUUGUUCAAUUAUUCUUACCUUUUUUCCAAUCUCUCCUUCAAUUUGUUCUUCCUCGUCUUCCAUGCUCCUCUUUUGUACUGCUCCACACGACUUCAUACCUCUCUGCUUUCAAUCACUUCUACAUUAACUGGAGUUUAUGUAUACAGAUGGAGGGAACAGCACCUAGUAAGGUCCUCAGGAGUGUGGCAAAUAUGAAAUGAGAGCAAAUACUUGUGUAUUUGCUUUCAUUUCAUAUUUGGGACACUCCUGAGUACAUUCAAGGUGCUCCACCCUCCAUCUGUAUAUGUCCGUUCUUUGACGAUGACAAGAGAGGCUUUGGUUUGGGUUGUUCCAGCCUGCCUUCCAUUACUCAAAUCACUAGUGCUAGAAAUGUACCCCUUGGUUCUUAUUAACUGGAGUGUGUUUAGUGAUCCAUCAUUCACUCUUACAAUUAUUGGUGUAAUGGAAAUUUGAAUUGUGAUGUAUUAAGUUUGCUUUUGAAAAUUAUGGUAUCAUGUACAUACAUUUACACAGUUGAAUUUCAGAUUGCUGAUAGAUGACAUGUAUUCAUGAGAAAAAAGAGUCAAAUAAUAAUGCCUUUGUAGGGGAAUUCUACACAUAGACAUCACAAUUCUUCUAAUACACCAACAGUAGACCCUGUUAAAAGCUCCGGGUUGCAAGAUUUAAUCCAGACUGGGUUGAUCUAGCUUCCGAUCCUUUCAAGACUAACCGAAAAACUGCCAUCAGAAUGGUUAAUUUUUACAUACAUUUACUAGUUGUUUAUUUGGUUCAGUGUAAUAGUGUGUUCAAUGUGCUCCCAUUUGGGUAUGUUCUAUAAAUGUAUUAUUAUUUUUGUAUUAAUUAUCCCUGCUAGGUAGAGUGUAAAAUGCAACCAUUCCCAUACAUUGGUCUAUAUAGUAACAGCAAAGCAGUCCACGCACUCAAGGUCUUCAUACAUCAGCAGAUUUAUUGGAAAAACAGGACAGAUACAGCAACGUUUUGAUCCCUUCAUGGAUCCUUAUGAAGCAUGAUAAAGAUCCCUGAAGGGACCGAAAUGUUGCUGUAUUUGUCCUGUUUUUCCAAUAAAUCUGCUGAUGUAUGAAGACCUUGAGUGCCUGGACUGCUUUACUGUUACUGUAUGGAUAAGAGGUUUGCCAGCCCUAGGUACAGUGCACCAAGGUAUACAGAUGAGUGCAGAUCCCUCUCUUUUUUGCCACAAACAACCUCAAAAAGUACCUUAUGGAAGAGUUAUCUUUGUAAUGUCUAGCAGUAGUCCUUACUGUUUGAAAUAUAUUGUAUGCUUUCCAAUAACCAGGAUUAGGCCGUUAUUGUAUAUUUGAACAAGCCCCCUAAAUUUAUGAUGAUGCAAUUUUCAAUAAAAACAUAUACAUCCAUAAUUUAUUGCUGAUGGAUAGUCAUUUUAAAUCUAAAUGUUCCUACUUGUAGUAGCGCUUGCCAAACUAAUUGCAAUGUUAAAAUGUUCUGAUUUGUUUUUACAUAGAGAAUGGUUUCCCAUUCCGGUACAACUCAGAUACUUCUGAAGUAAGCCUCUUACAGUCUCUGGAUCGAGAACAAAGAGAGAACUAUGAUCUUGUGGCAAAGUGUAUACUUUGGGAUUUAAACUCUAAGGUGGAAGUAAAAGUAGAACAAUCAUUCCAGAUCAUGGUGGAUGAUGAAGAUGAUUCUGCUCCAUUUGUUCUCAAUGGGACUGACAUCAUAAAUGUUGUUGUGGAAUAUGAGAGAAUAAAGGUGAGAAAUGUCCUUAAAAUUAAAGCGUGGUUACUUGUAGGUUUAUCUCUGAGCACUGGUGGGUGAGUGAGUGAUCAAAUGUUCUACCUUCUUCGCUUUCGCUGAUUUUUUUAUUUUUAUUUUAAAUGUUUUUGCAGUGUGACCUAAAAUCAGGUGGAUCCAGUAUAUUGGACCAAAAAAAGUGAUGGAAUGUAGACUUUUAAUGGCGGCCAUGGUUGUGUUUGAGUCAAGCUACAAAACGGCAUCCAUCUUUACAGUGAGCAGAUAGUGAUUAACUAUCAAAUAUGCCAUGAUAACUGUAAUGAAACAAAGUUGGGUUGACUGGCAUUAUCUACUAGAUGCAUGAUAUGAUACAAUAACUCCAACAGCUACUAGAGAGACUUAAGCCCUGCAGAGAUUGCAGGUGCAAUGUUCAGUGUCUCCACGCUCUACAUUGGGACAUUUAACUCUCCCCAUAGAGUUUAAUUGAUUAAAAGCAUCUGAAUGAGAAGACGCUGUUUGGAGCAGAGUGGCGAUUGCUGCACAUGCACACUAGCCCUCCCACCCCCCCUCCAUGCUUCCUUAUGUGGAAGCACUGGAUUGGCUGAGAUCAUCAGUAUGGCUUUCAGCAAGACCAGCACUCCGAUGGAUAUAAAGUAAAUAACCUUCAUUUUACAUAUUCUGAGAAGCCUGAUAAUCUAAAAUAUUAUAAUACUAUAGCGUUAGGAAUACAUGUUGUUAUUCCUAAAUCUAUAGCAUUCCUUUAAAUAUUUACCUAAAAUACUGGAAUUUUUUAAUUUCAAGGGAGCCCUGAAGAGGAUAUAUACGGUAUCUCACAAAGGUGAGUACACCUCUCACAUUUUUGUAAAUAUUUUAUAUCUUUUCAUGUGACAACACUGAAAAAAUUACACUCUUAUACAGGCUGUGCACUUACUACUUUACAUUGUAGAAGAGUGUAAAUGUGCUGUCCUCUAAAAAUAACUUCACACACAGCCAUUAAUGUCUAAACCAUUGGCAACAUAAGUGAGUACACCCCAAAGUGUCAAUAUUUUGUGUGGCCACCAUUAUUUUCCAGCACUGCCUUAACCCUCAUGGGCAUGGAGUUCACCAGAGCUUCACGGGUUGCCACUGGAGUCCUCUUCCACUCCUCCAUGACGACAUCACGGAGCUGGUGAAUGUUAGAGAUCUUGCACUCCCCCCACCUUCCAUUUGAGGAUGCCCCACAGAUGCUCAAUAGGGCUAAGGUCUGGAGACAUGCUUGGCCAGUCCAUCACCUUUAGCUUCUUUAGCAAGGCAGUGGUCGUCUUGGAGGUGUGUUUGGGAUCGUUAUCAUGUUGGAAUACUGCCCUGCGGCCCUGUCUCCGAAGGGAGGGGAUCAUGCUCUGCUUCAGUAUAUCACAGUACAUGUUGGCAUUCAUGGUUCCCUCAAUGAACUGUAGCUCUCCAGUGCCAGCAGCACUCAUGCAGGCCCAGACCAUGACACUCCCACCACCAUGCUUGACUGUAGGCAAGAUACACUUGUCUUUGUAUUCCUCACCUGGUUGCCACCACACAUGCUUGACACCAUCUGAACCAAAUAAGUUUAUCUUGGUCUCAUCGGACCACAGGACGUGGUUCCAGUAAUAUAUGUCCUUAGUCUCCUUGUCAUCAGCAAACUGUUUGCAUGCUUUCUUGUGCAUCAUCUUUAGAAGAGGCUUCCUUCUGGGACGACAGCCAUGCAGACCAAUUUGAUGCAGCGAGCGUCGUAUGGCCUGAGCACUGACAGGCUGACCCCCUUCAACCUCUGCAGAAAUGCUGGCAGUACUCAUACAUCUAUUUCCCAACCUAUGGAUAUGAUGCUGAGCACGUGCACUCAACUUCUUUGGUCGACCAUGGCGAGGCCUGUUCUCAGUGGAACCUGUCCUGUGAAACCAUUGUAUGGUCUUGCCCACCGUGCUGCAGCUCAGUUUUAGGGUCUUGGCAAUCUUCUUAUAGCCUAGGCCAUCAUUAUGUAGAGCAACAAUUCUUUUUUUUUCAGAUCCUCAGAGUUCUUUGCCAUGAGGUGCCAUGUAGAAUUUCCAGUGACCAGUAUGAGAGAGUGUGAGAGCGAUAACACCAAAUUUAACACACCUGCUCCCCAUUCACACCUGAGACCUUGUAACACUGAGUCAUAUGACCCCGGGGAUGGUAAAUGGCUAAUUUGGCCCAAUUUGGACAUUUCCACUUAGGGGUGUACUCCGUUUUGUUGCCGAUUUAGACAUUAAUGGCUGUGUGUUGAGUUAUUUUGAGGGGACAGCAAAGUUAUCCAGGCUGUACACUUACUACUUUACAUUGUAGCAGAGUUGUCACAUGAAAAGAUAUAAUAAAAUAUUUACAAAAAUGUGAGGGGUGUACUUACUAUUGUGAGAUAUUGUAAUCCAUACAUUUGCACAAAAAUUGUAACCAGUUAACAAAAAGUUAUUCGUUGCCAUUCAUAUUCAAUUUUAUGCUAGUCUUAAAAUUAAAUUUUUCCUAAUGCCAACUUGUAAUCAGUCCUCUUAAAACUUCUGUAUUGCCAUCCAGUAAUCAGCAUUUAGUGGUUUAAACAUUGCUCUGAGUUGGCAAAAAUUAUAGGCAGACAAAAUCAAUAACAUUUAGGUUUCUGAUUUUUAAAAAAAAUUUUUUUUUUUUUUUAAAUUCUUAAUCUAAAAACACUUUUUGACUUCAACUGCGUCAUACCAGCACUUAUUUUUUAGAGUGUUCUGCCACCUAGUGGUAAAAAGGAGCAUUUUAUUUUAUAUACGGCUAUACGAAGCUUAAAUCAAGAAAAGGUCGGCAAUUUGAAUUAACUUGGAUAAAGCAUAACCGUAUUCAGAUAAGAUCUGAUUUGGAACAAAAUAAGGGACCACUGCAAAGUUAGUUAAAAGAUUGUAAUUAUUUUGGUUGAUGACUAGGUAGAUGUGUGCAUAUAGAGAAAUAAAUAUAGAUCUCCAUAAUGGAAGAUCCUCGAUUGAACUUUGUCACUUUAAUUUUUUGUGGGAUAUUCACACUUAACUGCAAUAAAUGAUUUGUCACUUUAGCUCAACUCAGUAUGACUAUUUAUUUUUCUCAGGGUACAGUUCUCGGAGUGCUAGCAGUAUGUGACGCUGAUUCCACAACCAACUUUCCUUUUAAAAAUAGUCCAGAAAAAUACACGGGGAGAAUUAUCAGCAAUGACCCAUUUAUUCUGGAAAAUUUUGCUUUAAAAUAUAGCUUUCAAGAGAUGAAAUUCAAGCCCAAAGGAAACUUAAUCCGUGGGACACUGCAUGAAUACAGUAAGAAUUUUAGAAAAAUGUUAUAUGCUCCAAAUUUGACCUUACACGGUUGGGCCUAAUUGGUCUAUGCAAAUAAUUUAUAUGUAAUAAAAAAGUUGCUGGAUCAGCAAAACACGAUUCCAGUUUGUUUAUGAUUACGAUCUUUAUGAAAAACAAAAAUCAAGAGUAGCCUUGGCUAUAACGAACCCUUGUAUUUUGUUGUACUCUGUUUAUACGUUACAUUUUUUUUUUUUUAUGGUGUAUUUAUUUUUGUAAAAUUGUUGAGAAUAAAGUCCACAAUUUUACUUGUCUUAAUAAACUGAGGGAUUUAUUCUCUAAAUAUAGAAUUUUACUGAAUUGUAUCACAAAUUGCUAAAUUUAGGCAAUAAGUGCUAAUUUAGAAAAAUUGUCAGGUUAUUUAGUCUAAAUUAUGCUGAUUAUUCUCAAUCUGUUUUCAAGUGAUUGCAAUUCAGUGUUCAUUGAAUAAAAACAAAAUGUGUAUUGCCUUUGUAAAUUACCACAAUAAGAUAUAGUAAAACAUAAAGAUGGUAGAAUAUUCAUGUCCAGACUGUGUUUUGGCUUUCAGGUUAUCUUCAUAUCACGUUUAGAUUCUUAUCUGCGUCUGUCUUGUCAUUCUUAUCUCCAUAUCAGGGUUAAUACUCAAUAAUAAUGUGACCAUUAGCAAGACUGGAUUCUAUCAUGUUAUCGUUAAGGUGAAUGAUACAGAAUUUAAUGGUCCAAAUUCAGAGGUGACAUUGCACUUCAAUGUUACAAUCCUUCCGGUUGAAAUAAAAUUCCCAAAUAUUACGUAUCGCUUUACGCUCAACCGACACGCCUACCAAUAUGCUCAGGUAAUUAGCAAUAACAUUCUAUAUUGUAUGUUUAAUAGCAAAAUAUGCACUUUGACUAUCAGCGUACCAUUAAGUAAAUUCUAAUGAUGCUAUGUGCCCAGUAUGCCCAAUCAAAAAGUAUUUAUUUUUUGAUUGUUUAACAAAAAAAUUAAAGAAAACAGAAUAUUGAUUAGAAAUAACUACCACACAGUAUAAAUGCUUUAUCAACGUACUAUAUGAUGGCACAUAUGUUCUGAUGCCAGUGCAACUAUUUAGUUUUGUCUUUUGAACAUUUUUAACAAAUCUAUGAAAUUUAUUUUAGUUUUUUUUAAAUAUCACAGAAAUGCCAUCCAUUUAUUUAAAAUCUAGUAUGUAUACAAAGCUUUGACUUUCCUCCAUAUUUAUUCAGCUGGCAUGAAAAUGGCCUCUUUCAUUCUUUACAUAUUCAUAUUUACCAAAGUGGGUGUUGUCUUGAAUUCAAAAUGAUUUUCAAAUUUUAAGCCAAAAUAUCUGAAAUUGAAAACAUAGCGAACUUGGAAAAUAUUUUUCCAAUUCAACUAUUUUGUCUUCAGAAUAAAACAAAUAAAUAGGUAAACCGCGCUCGAAAUAUAAGUACAUACAUACAAAAGAUGGCAGUAGUUUCCACAAUAGCGUAUCUUAAAAAAAAAAAGAAGGAAAAUACAAUAAUGGUGCAGUAUGCAAUGGUAAUAAUGAUAAAUAUAGUAUAUGGUGCCAAAGGAACACACACGCUUUUUAGAGCUUUAUAAGCUCUAUUUAAGGAGCUUGGACAGAAUAAUCCCUGUCUAUGGAUUUUUCCAUCCAAGCUCCUUAAAUAGAACUUAAAGCUCUAAAAAGCGUGAGUGUUCCUUUGGCACCAACUAGAUGCAUACUUGCAAAAACAGAAUAUUCAAGGAUAUAAUUUUUCAAUGUAGGCUACUAGCUUCUUGAUCCAAGGAUUAAUCUGACUGCCAUUCUGGGGUCAAGAAGGAAUUUUUUUCCUUAGUUUGUUGCAAAAUUGAAGUGGUUCAAACUGUUUUUUUUUUUUUUUUGCCUUUUUGGAUCAACAGCAAAAAACAAAUGUGAGGAAGGCUAAACUUGAUGGAUGCAAGUCUCUUUUCAGCUAUGUAACUAUGUAACAUAGUAAAUAUAUAUAUAUACACGUAUCACUUCCCUUUUUUAACUAUUUUGGCGUACAAUUUGAAAUUAGUAUUUCACACUUUUUUAAAGAAUGACCCCAGCAAUUUAUUUAUUUAAAUCUCUCUCGCUCUCGCUCUCUCUCUCUCAUCAGCAAUAGAGAAAUGCCUCUAAUUUGAAGCGCUUUAUUUUCAUGAAAAAGCUGAAUGUUUUAAUAGAAAUAGAUUAUUAUUGAUACAGUACUUCGUAUGAAUAUAUUUCACUUAUGCACCCUUUGGCAUUAUAAAAACAUUUUUUCAUUUAUUUGAAGGUAUGCUAUUAAUAAUUUUGUUUUGUGUUUGUUUGUUUUUGUUUUAUUUUAACAUCAGAUAGGAAAAGUCUAUGUUGAAAACUACUUGUUGUUCAAAGGGGUAAAUGUAACUUACAAGCUACAGAUUGCAAAUAGCACCCGUGCUGUUGCCCUUGUCCAGGGGCCAGAGGAAUCGUUUGCUACUCUCUUUGUCAACCAUUCAUCUGCCUUAGUGAACCAUGAAAGUAAAGAGAUACAAGGCACUAUAGUUGCUUCAAAUCCUAACCUCAAAAAGUCAGUGAAGACUCCAAUUACCAUAUUACUAGAAGGGAAACGUGAGUAUUAUUUUUUCAUGAAAUGUUUUUGCUGAUCAAAUAUUUUGUCCGGAUUGCGGUGUACAAUGCAAUCAACAGAUAUGCCAGUCGUUUUUAGGUUCCCAUGCCUGUUGAAAAAAAAAUGUCAAAUGAUAAAUAAUGUAACCAGUGCUGAUUUGGGCUUUUAGCAUUACGUGUCACACAUAAAAGCCAAAAAUAUUUUAAAAAUUGGAAACAAAAAUGCCAGUAAUGAACAUUUUUGUCAGAUCUUCUUCAUUUGCGCCUUAGAGCUCCAAAAAUAACUUUUGAAAAUUUGUGCCACUGUGAUAAAUAUUGAAAAAUGAACACAGUCAAUAUUACAUGCACAAAAUUGGCUGUCGAAAUAGCACAUUACAGUGUUUUGUAUGACGUGAUCUAAAAUGGAUCAGAUUGUGAACAUACUUGCGCAGUUAUAGUUAUAAAAAAAAAAUUAUAUUUCCUUUUUUGUAGUGCAAACAUGUAGUAAUUAUUUAAUGUCCCUCCCCCUCACCUCAUGUUAUUAGUACUUUUUAUGGUAAAUAUGGCGAUAAAAGACUUGGAAUACAUUAAGGAAACAAGGAUAGGAAUAUGGAUAGACAUCCCUAAAAUUAUGACUUAUGAUUUGGAAUUCUAAUAUCCAUGCUAUUAUUGUGAAAAUGAGUCAGACAUAUUUUUAUACACAUAUUGAUAUGUAUUUACAACUCUGAGAAUGUGCAGAAUCUUGUUAGAGAGAACAAGGAUAUCUGUUGAGUGUUUUCUGUGCAGUCACUUGUCAAUGCUAAUAUGUGGCCUGCCAGUUUGCAUUGGACUUGAAUAUGUAAUUUAACUUUUGGGUUCCAGAAGUGAACCAUUUUCACUUGUCCUUAGAGUUCAAAGUCCUCUGCAUUCUUGAUCAUUGAUUAUAACCAUCAAAUGGGAACUGCUGUUCCUCAGGCUGGAGGCGACCUUGAUGUGUGACCAUUUUUGUCUCUCACAGCUGGAAGAGAUGAAGAGCAAUGCGAUGUAUCCUGUUCCGAAAACAAACUGCGUUCUGAAUGUGAGGAAUGUGGUGGGACAGGUUCUUUGACUGGACGGUGCCAGUGGAGACAAGGUCAUGGAGAAGGUAACUUGUACUUAAUUUAUUGGCUUUCUAAACAUAAAAUAAUGUAAAUUACAAGAUACUUGAAUAGCACAAUGGGUUAGGGAAAGUGUUUCAAGUUGGAAAUGUAUAUUGGUAGGUUAAACAAUUUUAGAAUAAUUAAGAGAAAACUUGCAAAUAUCCAACCCAAACAAUCAUAAAACAUUUAUAUGUUACUUUUAAAAGUAUAGACAAGAAUGACAAAGGUGCAAAAAACAGUGCUACCCGCAAACAAGGGAAUUAGAUAGACAUCACAGAAAAACGAGAAAUGUGAAUCAAAACCUGAAUACACAAAUAAUAAAGUGUAUAAUAAACAUAUUAUGGUGUAUGCAACUGUAAAAUAGCCAACAUAUUUGUAUCAGAUUGAUUUCCACAUCAGCUUUAGAAACAGCAAUUUUACCACUUGUGACAAUUUCUCAAUGUUAAUGAUUGAUCCUAUCCAAGGAAAAAAAAAUAUAUGGUAAGCAGGAGUGAAAGGGAGAAGGUUAAUAUCAAUGCACGAAAAUGUUAUGCAAGGGUCACAAAUGUAGAAGAAAUUGUCCCAACAGUGAAUAUUGUUUUAUUGCUCACACCUCAUACCACUAAACCAUUGCUUUGAGAGAAACUCAAAAUAAAUGAGCCAUAGGCAGAAUAAAUAGAUGUAAAGUUCACACGUGUACAAGGCCAUUACUGUUUGAUCAUGAAUUGUCUUAAAACUAACUAGGCAAUCAUAAACAUCUCUAUCUUUCUAUCUCUCCCUCUCUCUCACCUACUAUUGAACAUUGGAUAUUGUUUUUGGAAAAGGAAUCACCACAAACUAUUCUACGUGCACACCAGAUAUUAAGACAUGUCCUGAUGGGGUCUGUGACGCUGUGGAGCGUAAAAGUGGAAAAAUCUGUCCACAAGACUGCAUAAGUAUGGUUCAUUCUGCACUGGGAAAAGCAAUGAUAGAAUCUGAUUAUUGGAUAGAUUUAAUAAUUCAAGACAUCUAUUAAUUUUACCAUCUCAAGUGCUCAGCAUGCCAUCCAGCAAAGGACAGAAAACAUAUUUUGUACUUUGUCAAUUUGUAAUGCAUCGUUUUAUCUACUGGAUGUGAAACUGAGUAAACAAGUUUUUAAAGUUCUGUUAUGAAUAUUUACAAUUUAAACGUAUUUUUCAGAAAUAGUUUACAGUACUUUGGAAAUAUUUGAAAUGACCUAAAUUACAUAAAUUGGCUUUGGUGGAUUGUUUAAAAGAGAAUAGACAUUGCUAGUCUAUUGUUGGUAUUUAGAACCAUAUUAUCGCAUACAGCCUAUGGAUGGCACAAAGUGAAUUUUUAAAGUAGGAAUAUUCUAUAUGUACAAUAAUGUUCUCGAUGACCGAUGAUGCCAAUUCCAAUCCAAAUAUCAUCUGUAUAGUAAAGCAAAUCAAGGGGGUGGCAAUAAGACUCAUACAUACAAAAUCUUUUUAAAAUAAAUAUUUGAUGGUAUCUGGAGGUGGACAGCCUUUCUCUGGGCAGAGUAAAAAUAAAGAAUCACAAGGAAUACAUGACCAUCAAGGAUUGUUGCCUCACCCCAGUUUAGAAAUAGAAGAAUAUAGAUUCUAUUGUAUUGAUUUACUAGUUAUGCUAAAUUUAUAUUACUAGAUAACAUUGUAAUUCAAUCAUUGGAAACUCAAGGACUUUGGUUUUAGAUGUUCAAGAACCAACCAAUUCUAUCCUAAUGGAGAUAUUAGUAAAACAUGGACCUAUGUGUGAACUGGAUUAAGUCGUAUGUUCUAAUUUACUUUAAAGAAGUUGUUUACAAUCUGACUUUCUUUUUUUCCCACAGAGGAUAAUAUUAUUGGCGGACAUGAAAAAGGAACUCCUUUGGGAAUUAAGGCAGGUUAUGGCACCUGUUACUGUUUCCAAUCUGAGAAAUGUUUCUGUGAGAAGAAUAUUGUUGAGGGUAAGAACAGAUAUAUCUUUUCUUCUCAUUCUGAACGCUAGUUGUUUUUGGUAACUUUUUUAAAUAUACAUUCAUGAAAAUAUUUGGUUGUUCUGUGAAAUAUUUUUUUUUUUCACGUCCUACUUCUCUUUACAAUGUCAUAUCUCCACAUGGCCAUGCAAUCCAAUGAUUUGCUUCCAAGCCAUUUUUUACAAUGUUUUUACUCCCCGCUGCCCUAUUCCCAGCUCCUUCCCACUGCCUUUUUCCCCAAUGGCAGCUAAAAUGGAGUGAUAAUGGACUUUACACCUGAAAUUUUAAUCCACACCCUAUGCUUGUGUGAAAUCCAUUUCCUGACGUGUUGGAAUGUGUCUUUUUAACUCAACAUAUUUCACAUAUUUAAAGCUUUAUCCAUGAACUUCAUCAUGCUACCCAAGAGUGACCAGGGUUGCAUGACUGGAAAUUAAGAGGAACAAUACACCUGUGUGUUUCACCCUGUAUGCUAGAAACUAAAUAAAUGAAAUUUAUUUAUUAAUCAACAACUCCUCCGUGUAAUGAAACUAGAUAAUUAAUAUUUUUUUUAAAGCAUUUCUCGUGUAAUGUAAAUCAACAUGCAUCAAAAGAAGUCUGUUAAGUUUCAACUGCAGACUGUUGCAUUACAUGGUGGAACAUAGACCAUUUGACCAUCAUAUUUACAUUUGUAAUAUAAAGUGGUCAGGGACUUCCUGUGCACAACUACACUGGUGAGUUAAAGAAAGUAUAGAGAGAAUGUGUCAGGUUGCUGUUGGUUAAUGGGGGGUAACCGCUAGGUAGAAUAUAACUAAGAGAAGAGAACAAAAAAGCCAGAAAGGGAAUAGAUAUAUCUAAACACUUCCCCUUCAAGCUUUAAGAAUAUUAGAGCAACCCCAUCUACACUAGUAGAAAUUAAAUAGAAUAAAAUAUAACUUUUAAUUGUCUUGUUAAAAUCCCUAUAUAUCAUUAUGAAAAGUGAAAGAAAACCGGGGGGUGGGAGGGACAAACACAAGGCUAUAAAUGCUAAACAGUACUACCCCUGUCAGGUGUUGGUACCUAUGGCACAGGGAUUUCCAAAAUAAAUAAAAUAAAGAGAUGGUUUCAGUAUACCAAAAACCUCAGUUGGGUAACUAAUCCCCCAACUUCCAUCACCCAGUUCCAAUGUAAUAUCAAAAUCUCCUAUCCCCCUAACAAAAGAUGUAGCCGAAACUACCUUGUAGCUACAUCAAAAAGUCUGUUAAUAUAAUAUAGCAUGGUGGUUAAUCCGGGAAAGAAAUGUAGGCUGCAGCAUAAUCCUCUGUCACCCCUGCCACCCUCUGCUACUAAUGUUGCGCGUUUCGACGAGUAUGGGCUAUUCCAAGGGAACCAGGUCUAGACUAAUCGGUAGUUUAAAUUUCCCGCCCUUCGUGCCGAUUGGAUAGUAAUACCACCAGCCUGAUUGGAGGGAAGGAAAGCUGAAGUGUUGUCAAAGAAUAAUAACCCCUUGUAACCAGGUAAAAGUUGAGUAGAGUAGACAAAUAUAAUCUUAUAAGUAUGUAUUUAAUAUUGACUAAGCAAGCAGUGAAAUAAGGCUGUGUGUUGGGUGGGGCCUGACCGCGGAGCAGAGAGGACGCUUGCCUCCACAGCUCCGGCAGAAUGGGACCAUAUUAAGCAAAAUUAAUAGGAAAAACUGCUACAAAACAAAAAACAAAGGUCACCCGGCGCAAGAGUACAUCAGGGAGAUCACACAGAUAACAGUUAAGCGACAUUCUAUGAGACACACACCCUGGAACGGUCUCCAAGCAUGGCACACACGGGAGAGACGGCCGCACUCCUGCCACCGAAGACUGAUGGGAACCCGAUCGGGAGCCCUCGUUCCCCCCCUAUGGCCCGGCGGGGGUUAUCCCGGGCUGACCCCACUUGAGCCCUUGGACAAGCGGUCCCCAAGUAGAACGUACACAAAGCCUGGAGGACGCCUCUAAGGACACAUAAUGGCGGACACCUCGAGUACUACAGCCACAUGCAAUGCCGAUAGAGAAACGGAGCUCAGACUCAACCAAAUCUUCGGCUCAUUCUGGGAAAAAUUGGAGGCACUUAUGAGACAGCACAAUGACAGGUCGCACACGGGAGGCCAAAGAGAGGGGUAGGGAAGUCCCCCCAGACUCCGCUCCCAAGAUGGGUAGACAACAGAGAGGGGCCGCCCCAAAAGCCACACCACGGAGACACACUGGGGGCACAUGCAACACGGAAGCAGCCACCCAAAACAUGGUGUUGCCUACCAGCUACCUUCAAAAGGCCACAUCGCCUGCAAACAAUGAAACAACACAGGCCCCAGAGAGGCACAGCUCACCGCACCCAAUCAAUAAAGUCAAAAGAGGCAGCAGCUCCAGAGCAUUGGCAGCGGAUCCACAGCAGCCCGCAACUACAGCCAAAGGGUGGACCCAUGACCGGGACUGUGUCUUAACAACGAAUGAGACAGACCUCCUCGCCGGAGCUCCUGGAUCUCCAAGAAUGAAACAUAGAUCUCCACAUCAGGGUGCCACCGAGACCCCGCAAGGCAUCGUCUGAUGACAUCAUUAUCAGGCAGCCGCGAGGACUCAGAGACUGCAAAAACCACAACCUCAGGUAAACCCGACAAACACAGCUCCUGCUUCAAGCCCACACAGGGAGAUGGGUGAUUACCUUCCUAUAGGGACUGUCAUAUCCUCCUAUAAAUGCGACCUAGUUUCAGAUUAUUUCACUAUGUUUCCCUGCAUAUUUUCCUGCAAAUGUUAUAUGUCCUUGUAUUGUGCUCCAGACUAAGGCGCAACGCAAAUUUCAUUGCCUACUUAAUCAUAACCAUCAAGGCACAUGUCUUAGUGGAACAGUAUUAAGCAAUGUCUACUAGCUCAACGGCUCACCUACCAGCUUAAACUACCUUACCAUAUCACACAAUCACAUAGUGAUCCUGCAUGUGUUAAACUAUACCUAAACCUGUACAUAUAGAAUCAAUAAUCCUCAUUAGCCUAGAGUUUUACACUAUAAUCUGUUUACAUUACAUGUCUGCAGUGUUAAUCUUGUCAAUUCUUAUACUAUUUAAAAAAGUGCACAGUAUAUUUCAUGCCAUGUCAUACCAUGUUAUUGAAUGGUUGGCUACCGUUAUUGUGGCGUAGCAAGCCAGACUGUUAUUUCACGCACAAACAAAAAUAAAGAAUUUAAAAAAAUAAGGCUGUGUUCAGCCUUUCUCGGACAAACACUGUGGAAUGUGAUAAUUUGUGUCUCAAAUGUUUGCCGAGAGGAGUUCAGCUUAGAAUGUCAUAGACAGUACUCGUAAUGAUUUAUAAUCAUUUGUAACAAAAAGUUGUUAGUGUUGAACUCAUGUCAACUGUAACUGAUAAAGAGAGAAUAUAUGCUAGUGUUAAAUAACAGGAGAUUCUAAGUCUUCUAAAUUAAUAUAGCGAACAUUUUUCACCUGUGGGUAAUGAUGCUUAAUGCAAACUAACCUGUAUAUGUGAAAUUCAGUCUAUAUUUCUGUUGGAAUAAUUAGUUCCGAGGAAGAAAAAUGGUAUAAAGUUAAGGUAUAGAGUUGGGGGAUUAGUUACCUAACUGAGGUUUUUGGUAUACUGAAACUAUCUCUUUAUUUUAUUUAUUUUGGAAAUCCCCGUGCCAUGGGUACUAUUACCUGACAGGGGUAGUACUGUUUAGAAUUUAUCUCCUUUUGUUUGCUUUUUUCCCCUGGUUUUCUUUCACUUUUCAUAAUGAUAUAUAGGGGUUCUAACCCAAGACACCAAGACAAGUAAAAGUUAUGUUAUUCUAUUUCAUUUCUACUAGUGUAGAUGGGGUUGCUCUAAUAUUUUUAAAGCUUGAAGGGGAAGUGUUUAGAUCUAUCUAUUCCCUUUCUGGCUUUUUUAUUCUCUUCUCUUAGUUAUACAAUUACACUGGUAUUUUAAAAAAAUUUACACGUUAAUUUAGAUACAUUAUUAUCCAUCUGGCAGCAUAUUAACCAGGUGAAAUUAUUUAUUUUCAGAAUAGUGAGGAAUAUAUAUAUAUAACCCUCACUAUUAUGAAAAUAUAACUAUAUAUUUAUUGAGAAUUGGAAGUGGGGGAUUUCAGGCCAGUGAUUUUAGUUAUUUUAUAUUGCCACAAUAUAAUAUAUAUAUAUAUCUUUUCACAUUGCAGCUCCACUGUGUGAUGACACCUGCAAGACUGUAAUUGCAUGUGGAGUCUUCCUCUCAUUCAUAAUCUCUGUGCUGCUAUCAUCAUUUUUCAUUCACCGUUAUCAUAAAAACUCUCCCAAGCCUCCUAUUGCCUCUGCUGAGAUGACUUUUCGAAGACCUGCUCAAUCUUACCCAGUCAGCUACUCUUCUACCAAUGCUCGGCGGCCUUCACUGGAUUCUAUGGAAAAUCAAGUUUCAGUGGAUUCGUUUAAAAUACCUGUAAGGUUUUGUUUGUUUUUAAUAAGUAUCAUUAGAACAUUUGUAAUUAUAGAUCUGUUUCUAGAUGCAUAUGCAUCUGUUUUGAGGUUUUACUUCCUGGUCUAAUCCCACCACAUAAGCAACCUAGUUUGUUUAACAUCACAUUAAAAGCGCAACUGUGUUCAUGGGUAAUGGUGGUGACAUAAGACUAUUUCAAAAAAUUUAAAGUUGGAAAAAAGGAUAUUUCUAGCAGAGCACUGUAGCUGCAAUCUUUGUAUUAAAAGUCUCAAGACACAGGGAUAUGCAAAAUCUAAAACAUACAAUAAAGAAGCAAUGGAUAUAGCCAUUACACCAAGGGUAGACAACCUUCGGCACUCCAAAGAUUAUGGACUACAUCUCCCCUGAUGCUUUGCCAACAUUAUGGCUGUAAGAGCAUUACGGAAGAUUUAAAUCACAUCUGGAGUGCCGAAGGUUGCCUACCCCUGCCAUACACCAUUGCUAGCUGGUGGAAGAUGCCUUAAGCAUUACCUCAUGGAAACUGCUCGUAGGUCUUGGUAAAAUCCAAUUUUAUGAUGACUGCCUACCACAGCAUCUAACAUUAAAUGGGUUAGAAGAAAAUUUUAAUAUUUUUUUUAGAAAAUGUAGUGCAAUAUUCAAUCUAUACAGUAAUACAUUAAACAAAUUGGUGAGAAAAGCAAACAAUGUUCCCAAUUGGUUACCUGUUCGCAAAAAUACAAUUUUGAUUUCAGACUUCCAUUAAGAAGGAUAUAUAUAUAUAUAUACAUGUAUUUACAUAUCACAAUAUUUUUAUUUUCUUUAAAUACUUAAAUACUUUCUUUUUUUUUGUUGUUGCUUAAAAGGAGGAUCCAAAAUGGGAAUUUCCAAGGAAAAACCUGGUUUUGGGAAAAACACUUGGUGAAGGGGAGUUUGGGAAAGUGGUUAAGGCAACAGCAUUUAGACUGAAAGGAAAGGCUGGUUACACCACCGUGGCUGUAAAGAUGUUGAAAGGUGAGCACUGAUCAUCAAAUAUGAAUCUUGCAUGAUGUAAGCUAGACCUGAAAUUUGGUGGACUCCGGGCAAGGGUUCCCUCUAAGGUUCUCAGAAAAUAUAGUUAGAUGAAAGCUUCUAAAGUCAUGUCAAGUUUGUAAAAAGGUUUUAUUGUUGGGGUUCUCGUCCAGGAGAAUAGUUGUGUUUUUGCGUUAAAAUUUGAUUUAUUGCAUUCUUUAUUUAUCUUGUACCAAUUCCCCCAAAAUAAAUUGUAGAACUGAUUCAUCUGGAUUAACAACAGCAAUAAGAAUGUGUGAAAUGUUUAAUCAGAGGCUUAAAGCUUUUUUUCAACUAGUAUUACCGUUUUCCACAUAAACAUUGCCAUGGAGAGAUGAUGUGCAUAAUGCCUUACGAAUAUGAGAGUGUAGGUAGUUCACAGCAUGACUUUACAUAUAGGCCAAUGAGAAUAUCCGUGUGUGCUUGGUAACUGUUCUACAUUAUGUUAUACCCAAAUUCUGUUCUAAAAGAAUGUUUGAGCUGAUAGUUGAGAUUAAUAUUUAUUUUAUUUUCACAGAAAGUGCUUCCCAGAGUGAACUUCGGGAUCUUCUCUCUGAAUUUAACCUUCUGAAGCAGGUUAACCAUCCGCAUGUAAUCAAACUUUAUGGGGCCUGUACACAGGAUGGUAAGUACACCUGGAUGUUUCAAACUUAAAUGUGGAGUCCAUAUAUACCAUUCAUUACAUUACAGUUGUCUUGAUCUCCGGCAUACCGUUAUUUGGUCUAGGGACUGUCAUUCAUUCGUAAGAACCAUACGAUGUAAUACAAACAUCUGAGUGUUUGAUGAGAGGAGUCCAUUGCAAAUUGUGCUAAUUUUCCACCAAUCAGUUUAAGGCAGACUGUAUUCAAGACUUUAGUUAUAUUUAAGCUGUUUUACAGAAAGAUCUAAUGUUUUACCACUUCUGGUAGCUAGAUAGGCAUUUACAAUCUGGCUUUAGUAAGCAGUUUAGUAAGCAGUUGACAAGAUUUUUUGAGUUUUAUCAAGUAUGACAUAAGAGUUAUCAAAGCGAUCAGAAUACAAAUUAUUUAAACAAUUUAUAUGAAAAUGCCUAUAAAAUCUGAAAAUAUUUAUGUGUUAAAGCCAGACCUAACCAGGUCAUUCUUGAUAAACUGAUAUUGAAAGGUUAAUAGAGGGGUAGGUGGAAUAUCAGUACUUGUAAUUAUAGUAUGUGGCUGCUAAAACUUCCCAAAAACCAGAGUCUCUUUUUUUUCUGGUGGUACGAUGGAUGUAAAUAGUAGGAUCAGGGAGCAGCACCUGUGAUGGAAUUCCCACGCUCAGAGCGAUAUGGAGGAGGGAAGGAAAAAGACAAGGAUAUAGUGUAGUAUGUUGAGAUCUUAAGUGAUGGUAAAUGAAGGAAAAGGAAUUGCCUAUACUCAGCUCCAGAUAUGUGCCCCUGGACGGUACAGUGAUAUUGAAAGGUUACCUGCAUAAAAAAUUGGCGCCUCUUUGGGUUUUUCUAUUACCUAUUGACAUCAGCAAUGACUGUCAUAACAGUCAACCAGUCAUGUAAACAGUCCAAUCCUAUGCUCCUCUUAGAGGCUUCCAAACUUUUCAAUGAUUAAAAUAUAACACAUUGGAGGCUAGGAUUGCAUGGGAUUGCACCUGGAGAGAGAAUGCAUCCAGAUGUGGAAGGUUUUAUCAAGAGUUUGGAGGAGAAAUUGAAAAGUCACAUGCGAGAAGUUCAUGCAAGCCACUAUUUGUAAAUCAACACUAAAGGGCAAUCUGACUUUGAGGAGUAAUACCCUGCCUGUAUGGAAAGACAAACUGAAAAAAAAAAGAUUUACAGUAGUUUAGUAACACUAAGUCAAAGAAAUAUGGAAUAAAAUUAGUGUCUUUAAUUCUGUCAUAGGUUUCAGUUCCGCAUGGCCUCUCUCUUCAUUGGUAGCUCUUCAGAGUUUACUUGAGAGCAUCUGGCCAUAUAAACAAAUUGGGCUAGUUUGAAAUCUGUUGGUUUCAGCAGGUUUUGCAUAUACCUAGUGUCCUUUAGGAGGGAAUUUUAGGAAAUUCCAUUGAGUUACCAUUUGUGCAAUAGAUCCAGCUGCCCGUGAUGGAGGCAUGCUUUUUGCCUCUCUUUGAAGGAGAAAUCAUUGACUAAUAGCACCAGGGGGUGGGGUUACAGUGCAUACAGUAAAGAGAAGCAAGAAGGAAGCCAUAUUGAAGGUAACACAAAGAGAGCAUUCAGCAGCAGCUCCUGGCCCCUGCCAAAACUAUGGUUAUAAUAUUAUCUUUUUCUAUGCUCCCAAUAGCCUGAGAGCUGAUUAAGCAAUUAAAUUUACUCAAGUAUAUAAUUAUUAUAUAGAGCCAGGUAAGCACUGGGAUUGCCAGAGAAUUGGCCAAUGUAUGACACAAGCACUGUACUGCCUGCCACUAAUAGUUUUAAUAACUCCUACUGCACAUCUUCUUUAACCCCUUAAGGACACAUGACAUGUGUGACAUGUCAUGAUUCCCUUUUAUUUCAGAAGUUUGGUCCUUAAGGGGUUAAAGUUCUCAGUCACUCUACAGCUGAGACCUGAGACACUCAUGCUGUGGCUAGCUGAAAUGUUGUAAAGCUUCAACCUUCGCGACUAGGGCUGUGACCCUGAGGACUGAUCUGAUUCUGAUUUCAAUCUAUUUUUAUAUGUAAUAAUUGUUAACUCUGUUAACCAUGUCAGCUACUUUUUGGCUCCAUAUUACCACUGAAGAUUUAUUAUAUUGCCAUCUGCAAAGGUAAUAAUGAUUAUUUCAGUGUCCUGCUGCUUUAACCUUGCAUACACAGUGUGCUGAGAGAUAAUAGUGAGUCAUGAGUAGCUAAAAUGGUUGGAGUCUAGCAGUAUCUUGAUGAUUUAACCAUGUGCACACUGUCUUCUGUGUAGGGAUCUCUGUAUUACAGCUCUGUGUAAUCCAUUUCAGUGAUCCUGGUUGUGUAAGAUAAUUAUGGGUAUCUCAUUAUUGUGCCAAGCUAUGUGUGUUAUUUCUCUGGGUUUUUUUUCUCAGCUCUGUUUGUGGUAUGGUUAUCUCUGGGUUAUUAUUAUUUGUAUUAUUUUAUUAUUUAUAUAGCACCAGUAAAAUCCAUAGCACUGCACAAUGGGGGGUUAUACUCUUAUCUAUGUAUUGUAUAGAUAUGUUUAUGGUGUGCCCAGCUUGUUUUAUUGUUUAAGUAUCUCUAUAUUAUCCUCAGCUCUGUGAAUUAAGAGUAAGAGUAUCUCUGUACUGUGUCAGAAGGACUAAAAUUAUGGGGGGAGGAGUCAGGUGCCCCAUUACCUUAAAGCUUCACCAGUCACCACUGCACACAAGCACUGAAGUUCAAAAUUUCUCAAAUUAAAUCCAAAUGGGAAAAACUGGAGGCAAAAAUUGCUAAUCUGAGAAAAAUCUCCUACUCAGCCAAUGUUCCAGCAAGGCUCUUCUCAUCUCAAAUAGUUUGUUUUCCUCGAUUUUGGCAUUUGGUAUUCAUUUUAGUAAAUAACUUUUUUUGUAGUAAAAGUAUGUGUACAGUCUAAACAAGAAACCAUCAGCAAUAAGUGAAAUAACUACUUUAAGCUUGCCAGCAGAGAGCCUCAGGAGGAAGUAUUUUCCAAGUUAAAGGUGUCUAGGAUAGGACCUGCCAAUACUGGGGUACAUUGGUGUUGUGGCAGGCUUAUGUAAUGUAUGAUCAUUCAUUAUAAAUAUUUAUAUUAUACAUAGGCAUCAGCAUUUCUCUACAAAAUACAGCUAAAGCAGUUUGAAUAUAGGUAAAGAACAUACAUUGCAUACACAUCAUCAAACAAUGAACAUUCUACAUGUAAGUGCAAACAGUAGUGUCACUGUUGUCCUAUGUAAUCCUUUCUACCCAUCACUGGUUCUUAAAGAUCCCUGACAUUCUUAAAGUCAAAAUGUUAAUUCAGUAUAAUUUUAUUGUUGGUGUACAGUCUUUUUUUUUUUUUUUUUUCUUCCAGCUUUAAAGUUUAAUAAAUAUAACAAUAAAGAUAGUACAGUAUAUAAUGGUGUAGAACAGUACAGAACAGUAUAGGCCUCAAGUAUGCAGCACUUGUGAACAAGAGAACAUCAUUGGAGUUCCACAAAUGUACAAAGAGUUAUGUGGCAUCCAGUGUCAGUAAACCACCAUAACAAUAAUAAAAAGAUACAGGAUUCUGUACAACAAACUAAUUGGAAUAUUUUGUCCAUGAAGUUAAUAUUGCAUUUGUUGGGCUGGAUUUCCCUUUCUUCUGUCUCAACAUUCGAAAUAUAUAUAACAGAGCCUAUGUGUUAGGUCUAGGAAACCAUAUUUCUAUAGACCUCAUGGGGAGCCCUUAAAAAAAAAAAACCGACAUAGUCAAGUACUAUAAAGUAUGUCAUGGUUGGGAAGUCAAGUGUCCAGUCGUAGUGCUAGGUGCCUCCAAUAUCUGUCUGAAGCUGGAGUACAAUAUAAUUUUAAGACUGGGAUUUUAAGUAUUGUCCUGUGUCUGAGCUUGAAGCUUGAGAGGAGAACAGGAGAAGGUUAAAAAGUAAGAAGGGCUGAAAUAAGAAACAGGUGGAGGAGAAGAAUGAAUACGUGAAGACCGAAUUAUGUAGAGCGAUGAAAUGAUAGACCAAAGGUGAUUCCAAAUGCUGGAGCCUGUGGUGUGGAAGGGGUGGGGGGAGAGCGACUGAGUUCUGUGGAGGAAAAGGGGUAAUAGAAGAAGUGCCACUGGCCACUGGGUAAUAUAUAAGUGCUCUAGAAUCCUUUGAGGACAGACAAAUGAGUUGAGCAAUUGAUUACAACGGUAGGGACGUGUUUCCGUCCAACCAAGGAUGCCCAGACCUUAUGGAAUGUUUUAGGUGUGUUGUAAGUCUGUGACAUGAGACUAAUUAUAUCAAUCUAUCAUAUCUAUGUUUGGACUCUGUGUGGCUAUCAGUGUUGUAAGAGGCGUAACUAAAAACCAUGGGGCCCCUGUGCAAAAGUUGCCCAGGGGCCCCCCACCCCCAUAUGUCUACCCCUUGCCAUCUCUCCAUAUGUCUAUCCUCUCCCUUCAAUAUGUCCACCCCCCCUGCAACACCCCAUAUCACUAUCCUCCCCCUUUCAUACGUUCCUUCCCCACACAUGAAGACAAACCAAUACACAUGCAGACACGCACAUAGAGACACACACAUAUAUAGAGAGACACACAUACAUGCAUACAGACACUCAUACAAACACACAGAGACACACAUAUACAGACACAUAGAUAGACAGACAUACAUUCAUACAGACACAGACAGACACACAUUCAUACAGACACACAUUUAAACACAUGUACAAAAUGUUUUGACUUCCCUGGGGUCCAGUGGAGGCUCAGCUUGAUGGGAACUCUGACUCCUUUCUCCCGCGCGGACUCUGUUUGAUUGCUGGGAGGAGUGCCCGGGGUUGUCACUUCCUCCCAGCGGCUGACGUCAUCACAGGGGGCCUGGUCGUGCUGUUAAAGUGCCACAGCGCUGACCGGCCCCCUGGAUAUUAAUUGCAGGGGCUGGGGCCGCAACACAUGGAAGUGGGCACCCAGUUGCAGGGCGGCCGGGCCCCCUGGAGUGCCGGGCCCGGUCGCAGCUGCUACCCCUGCGAUCGCAUUAGUUCAUUAGUUCAGCCAGUGCAUGUUGUUAACCAGACCUCUCCAAUUGCCCUGUGAGUGGUAAGAUCUUCUCGUGCUUUCACGUUAUCUUUAGUGCUUGUGAAGGAAUCCAAGGGUUUGGAAAGUAGUAGAGCCGAUGGAUCCAGCAGCAGGGUUUGGUCAAGAUUCUGGUUAGGAUUGAUGUAAUCAACUGCCAGAGUGGUUUCAAUUUAGUGAAGGUCCACCAGAAAUGGUAAAAUGUUCCUGUUUUACUCUACAGCUUCCAACAGAAGUUAGUUGGUGAGCAGUGCAUGAUUGACAAAAGCCAGGUACCAUUGGAAUAACAUUUUGUACGCCUGUUCCUUAUGGGUCACACACAUUGCAAGGGAAUAUGUCCGGCCAGUCUGAUGCCUCAUCGGGUGGUCUUAAGUCUACUUCCCAAGCCGUGAUAUAUGGCAAAGAAAUCUGUGUGGAGUGUAUUGCUAAUAUUAUGUAUUCAUCAGAUAUUUGUCCUUUCCUGGUCAGAGAGAUUAUGCAAUCUCUUUAAAAUGUAGUGAGUGAGACCUUACCUGCCUGUUAGAUGAUGGGUAUAACUGCAGAGGAGUUACAUGUACCCGAAGUAGUCAAAUGUGGGUAGGGAGGCAUUAUCUGGAAUGUCAAUGUAGUUUAUUAUUUGGUCAUUAAUGUACAGGUUUCAGAGUCGUGUGAUUUCUCUUCUCAAACUGGGGCAAAAUGUUUAACUGCGAAUCCCAGUGUGAACAGUCUAUUUCUUAGAAUAGGGGUUAAUGACAGGUAUGAGGAGAAGUCAAAUUUAACAUGUAAUUUGUCCCAUAGGUCCAGUGAAUGGGUAAUUGUGGGUGCAGUUGGUGGCACAGUUGUUGCCUAAAUAGCCUAGAUAUCCACAUAUACAAGGAAGGGUGAGCCUCUCUCCCAAAGAUAGAAUGGCCUAUGUCUACCAAUCUUCUCUUGUUAGGCAGAAGGUGCCCCGCUGUACCUGUGCUAAGUGGACUGCUUAUAAGCAAUGUAAUAAAUUUGAUAAGCCUAGGCCACCAGAUUUUCUUGGGACAUAAAGUGAAUCCUGUCUGACUCUGGGCUUGGUUCCAUUUCAAACAAAUCUGUUGACUGCAGAUGGUAGUGCGAUAAAGUCAGCUUUAUGGAACGGGACAGGGAGGGCUUGGAAGAUAUACAAAAAUCUAGGGAAGAGGUUUAUUUGAUAGAGGUAAAACGACCGAUGCACAUAAAUCUCCAGUAUCCCCCAAUUUUUAAGAUUUAUGUUUGCCUUAUUCAGUAGAUGGAAAUAGCUUUCUUGAUAUAGAGAGGCCAAUUCAUUGGUUAAUUGUAUACCCUAAGUACGCAAUGAAAGAUUCACAUAUGCUCAAUGGGAAUUUAUUUUGAAGUUGAGUAAGACUAUUAUUAUCUAGGUGGAUCGGGAGAAGUUCAAACUUUGCAAGAUUCAGUUUGUAUCCUGAAAUCUCAGAGUAGGAUUUUAUCAAGUAUAGUAGGACCUCAAUAGAGGGAGCUGGGUUUAUUAAUGUGAGGAGGACAUCAUCGGCAUACACUGAGACUUUAAAAAGUUGUCCUCUAAUGGUGACUCCCUCUAUUCAAAGGCUGGACCUUAUAGACUCCAGCAAUGGUUCUAAGCAACGCAAACAAAAAGGGGGUUAGUGGACAUCCAUGUUUCAUUAUGUUCAAAAUUAAAAAUCAGGGAGGUGUUGCGUAGGAGUAAUGCUCCCUGAAGUGGUUGGUAGGUGGCUUUGAGAAAAGAUAUAAAUUUGGGUGGGAAUCCAAAUUGGAUGAGUGUUCCAAACAGAAAGGGCCAGAGAAGGUGAUUAAACACUUUCUCAGCAUCAAGAAGGUUGAGCAAACCAUAUGAUGUCUAUGGCUUGAUGUGUGUUUCCUACUGCUUGCCUAUUUUGAAUUAAUCCUACCUGGUCUGGGUGAAUUAAAGAGUCAAGGUGCGAAUUGAUACUAUUGGACAUUAAUUUGGUCAUGAGUUUAAGAUCCAGGUUCAGAAGUGAGAUUGGGCGGAAUUGCCCCUUAUCAUCGUGAGUCUGAUCUGUCUUUGGAAGGAGGCAGAUAUUAGCAGUAACCAUUUCUGCCGGGAGUUUAUCUCCCCGCUAUAAGGCAUUAAACAAUGCACAUAGUGUCUCAGUAAGUGAGAGUUGAAGACCUUGUAGUAUAGGGCAGCAAAUCUAUCUGGUCCAGGCCAAACCAAGGGCCACAGCCAGCUCGUCCCCAGUGACCUCCACAACCAAUGUUUUUUUGGCUGCCGUUGUCAAAGUUGGAAGCUUCAGGGUGUUACGGAAUACCCAAGUAAGUUGUUGUGUCAUCUUAUCCAAAUUUCAUAAUUAUAUAACCACUCCCCUCUAUCCCAGUUCAGUCUGGCAUUGAGUGAAGUGGUUAUAUAAUUUUGCAAAGAACUUCUGAAAUAUUUCCCCAAAUUGUUCUGGGAAGUCACAAAUGUGUCCUUAAGAAAUAAGGUUUUCACGAGAUCCAUUUUGAUUCAAUAACAUAGUCAGCCUGGUUGCUUUUUUCAGAAUACACAUGAGGGCUUUUGAGGUGCUCUCAAAUAGGAAGAAGAGAACUAGAGAAUAAAAAUAUAAUAAAGUAAAUUCUGUAAAGAUAUAUUACUAAUCCUUAAAAGAAAAAACAUAAUUUUCUUAUUUUCAUUGGUUUUGUGUUUUCUCAUUAUAUCACGUGCAAGAUGGGUCUCAAUGGCACUCCGUGUUUGUAAAACCAGAUCUACAUGUAAGAAGAAGAAACAAAACUAGAGGGGUAAAGAUGGAUAGUGUAGCCUAUAAAAAGUGAUACAAUUGAUUUGUAAAAGUACAUGUUGGCAAUAGCGUAUGCGGAUAAAUUAUCAUAACUUCUGUAUGUUUUACAUUUGUAUUUAGGACCCUUGCACCUUAUUGUGGAAUAUGCAAAAUAUGGCUCCUUGAGGAGUUUCUUGAGAGAAAGUCGCAAGGUGGGACCAAGCUCAAUAGGAGGUGACACCAACCGUAAUUCCAGCUACCUGGACAAUCCUGAUGAAAGAGCACUUACUAUGGGUGACCUCAUAUCAUUUGCAUGGCAGAUAUCCAGAGGCAUGCAAUAUUUAGCAGAAAUGAAGGUAAGGGAUUCAUUACUAUUUAAUUUCCACAAAAUUCUUGAUCUAAACAUCUGAACAAUACUUAAUGAUGUCUUUAGUACCAUAUUUGGACUGUUCAGCUGGUCCUCUUUUUAAAUAAGAUUCAAUUGUGUGCAUUAUUUGGAAUUAAGUAAAUGUUGUGAAAAGAUUUGAUUAAAACAAAUACUUGAUGUGCAAUGUAUAAUCGCAUUCCCUUAGUUUAAAGGACAACUGUCACUUAGAGUACUAAAAAUGGGGCAAUCAUCAUAGAAACCAGUGAAACAAACAGAACACUCCUUUAAGUGUAAAAAUGUUAAAGUGUAGGACUCAACAAUUUUUAGAAAAGAACACUUUCAUACAUUCCGACAAUAUUUCGGUUUAUUCUGCAAUGCAACAUGUGCCUUGGACAUGCAUAAUCCAAAGCAGGUUGGGAUGUAAAAUUGUUAAAUCUUUAAUCUAAAUUAAAAAUAACAAUUAAAAAAAAUCACCAGAAGUUAGUUUAUUUUUGAUGUUUUGUCUAUUGGUAUAAUGUUUUUUUUGUAAAGUUAUUGUCUUCUUUAAAUGUCUUUGCACUUUUUAGAAUAUUGCAUUUUGAGAAACACAUAUCUUUUAUUUUAUAUGAUUUGGUGUUUAUUAUUUUCUUACCGGUCUCUAGCUUGUCCAUCGAGACUUGGCGGCCAGAAAUGUACUUGUAGCUGAAGGACGUAAAAUGAAAAUAUCAGACUUUGGUCUUUCCAGAGAUGUGUAUGAAGAGGACUCUUAUGUAAAAAGAAGCAAGGUAAUAUAUACUGGCCCUAAAUCAUUUAGAGAUCUUUACCUGUACUUAAAAAGACCAUGCAAAGCAUUUCAUUGCACUUUAAUGUAAUUGGGGGGAAUUUAAAGAUACAAUAAUGCUUCAAGUUAUUUUUACUUUACAUUUGUAUAGUUUCUGAAAUAUCAAUUAAUCAUUCUUAAUGAAUGACCCAGGCAGAUAAAACUCCAUGAGGAUACUUAUCAAGACAAGACAGUUGCGAAUUUGGAUGGAAAGUGCUAAAUGUAGACAUACUUUUGGCUUCCGUGGCGAUUGGACUUUAUUUCACAAAUUUCCACAGAAUGGUUACACUUAAACUUUAGUGCAGGCCUGUCCAACCUGCACCCUGCCUUCCCCUUCCCUCCCCCCUCCCCCCCACAACCCUGGAUGUUGCUGAACUGCAACUCCCAUGAUUCCCUGGCUGUUUUAUUGAAAGCAUCAUGGGAGCUGUAGUUCAGCAACAUCUAGGGGGGCGUAGGUUGGAAAGGCCUGCAUUUAGGGCCACUCAAAUAUUUUUAACACUUUGAUCGUUUUAUCACAUAAACCAUUCACCUUCAACAGCAACAUGGAUUUUAUAAUUAUAGUGUUUUUUUGAAAUGGAAAUGAAAGGUCAACGGACUCGACUUAUCACUCAUUAUUGCAGAAAGGAGUGCAUAUGCCCUCUGGUGUAAAGUAAUUACAUUAAUAUUUGGUGCACAAUGUACUUGUCUUGACCGCUUAGCAAGUUAUAGCUUUAUUUUGAAUCAGAUUUGAUUAAACCCGUGUUAAAUCUGUUGGGUGAUUUUCAACAGUGCCUUGUCUUUCCUACUCAAAAAUCAACAGAUGAGAUUAUCAACUACUACAUUUAAGGAUUUAAAGAAUACAAUAUGGCUAAAACAAACAAUCAACACAUUCACCACACUAAUUUUAAAUUCUAAUUUUGUUGACUUUUUAGGGGAGAAUACCAGUUAAGUGGAUGGCUAUAGAAUCUCUGUUUGAUCACAUCUAUACAACACAAAGUGAUGUGUAAGUUGUGUUUUGUUUUGUUUUUCUUUGUCUUUUCAAUGUAAAAGAAUAUUUUUAAAAAUUCCAUCAAAUUUUAUUGCAUGCCAGCACAACGUUCAUUGCUAAAUUUUAUUGUGAUCGAUGCAGAUCAUCGAGAAAACAGUUUUCCUAAUAUGUCCCAUCUUCAAAUAGAUUGUUGUGUUAUUUAAUAUAAUUUUGCAUUGUUUAAGAUGUUGGCCUAAAGUUUAAUCAUUUAUAGGAGAUUUAAGUUGCACUCAUAAAGUCAUUGAAAACACAUAUGAUAUACAUUUAAGAGGACAAUCCAGAUCUUUAAAGCACUUUAGCUUGCUGAAAAGCUUUAUGUGUGAAUAGUGGGUCCCAUUUUUCUCAUUUUGGAAAAAGUGUAGAAUUCAAUAGAAAUUUACACUUUUAUAAAUUACACUAGUUGCACCCACCUGGCUUUUCAAACAGCGAACAGGUCCUGUUACUUAUUUUUUUUUGUUAGCUUAAUUGCACUCAACUCAUGAGGCAGCAAUUGCCCAGAGCACCUGCCUUGCAAAGCUCAUUGAGCUGCAUUGGGAAGUCUGUAAUUGGACAGCCACAGAAAGUCUGGGAGGAGUUAGAAGAGGAGGGCUUUCAAAGGCAGCAGACAAGAGAUCUGCAGUUUUUGCAAGCUGGUUUUAGAUAUAACUCCAAGGAAAAAAAUGCAUAAUUAAAUACGUGCAAAUUUCAAUGGGGUGUACAGGUUAUAUCUGCUAAACAGUGAUUUUUAUUUAUUUUGUAUUUGUGAAGUGGAGUCUCCCUUUAAAAGGUCAUAUGGACCAUCAAGAGAAAAAAUAUCAGAAAUAUAAAAUAUUUGUAAACCAACAUUUAUAUAUUUUUGGACAUUUACAUUAUGUAAAUGACUUGUUAUAAGAUGGUCUUCAUUUUUUAACCUUCUUCACUUAUGAGCAAAGAGUUAGAGAAGAAUGCAUGACCUGUGUAGUAAUCAGGAAAUAAAAAUAUACAUGUACUUAUCUCCCCAUCACGAGCAUAAUAAGCAGUCAUAAGGAAAUACGAUAAUAAGUUGCUGAUUUUUUUAAAAUUUUUAUUUUGCAUUGGCAAACGUUCUUUGCAAGCUGUGCUUUUUUUUUUUGCCCUUUUGAAUAAACAUUAUUUAAUUUUCAGAUGCAAUGUUCCUGUUUACUGUUAAAGUAUUAAGAGAAUAAGCUAUACAUUUCUGAUUUAUUGCUCCCAAUAACAUGUAGGGAAAUAGCAUAUAAUAAUACCAGGAAUUUCUGAAUUAGAAUUUAUGAUUUUUUUUUUUAACUGCUUUAACAACCUCUACAAUUGUUAACUAAAUAAUAAAAGAACAGAUUGCCGUCACAACUGAGCACCAAUAAACAGGUAGUAAUUGUGGUUCCCAACAGACACAAUAUAUAUAUUAUGUUUUUACAUUGAUCCAUAUAUGCACGAAUAGAUGAGAUCCUUUGCUUUUAUUACCAGAUUUGCAUUUUACUUGAUUAGUUUAAAAAAUGUCUUUAAACAUUUUAUGUUCAAUAUAUCUUUACAAAUUGAUUGUGUUUAAAUUUUUACCUCAAAGUAUAUUUAUUACAAAGUAAUAUUUUUGUAUCUUCUGCGGUGUAAUGUCACAACAUAUUUAGUGGCCCUAACCGUUUAUGACUGAAGAUAAAGCUGACCUUAGACUCUCUCUUAUUACACAGAAUUACUUUGUUAAAUAAAAAAGGAAUUUGUUUUCCUUUUUGCCUUUGUAAUGACUUAAACUUGUUUUAGGAUGUCUGUUACAAGCUGUUAAGACACGUACAUCUUCAGGUGAUCAGUAUAUUACCUCUUAAUAGCAGAAUCUCCUACUACCAUUACAACCUUUUGACUCCACAGAUGUUCUAAUAUUGAUUAAGUGGACUAGUUGGGGAAAGUUUACUAACCACCUGCCCCCUUGUCCUCAUUAAAAAGAGUAAAAAUGUACCUUUAUUUCAGCGCCACAAGUCCUAGCUCCACCCUUGUCCCACCCCUUCUAGCUGAGAUUAUCAGAACUGACAAUCUCAGUCUAUCCAAUGCUUUUCCAUAGAAAAGCAUUUAAAGGCUAAUGUGCAUGCACUGUAAAACGCCUCUAGGUGCCAAUCCUCAUAGAGAUGUAUUGAAUCAGUGCAUCUCUAUGGGGAAAAUUCAAGACCUCCAUGAAGAUCGUGGAGAUGCUAAUUGUCAGUGCUGCACAUUGUGAGUAGACUAGAACUAGUUCCAAAAUUAGUGGUAUCAGAUAGAAUAAAGAUUCUCUUUGGAUCCUGUAAUAACAGCAUAGUCUUUUCAAUUAGUUCUGCUCAUGGUUCCACAGGAGCAACAGGGGUGUAUGACCGACUACAUAAUCUCUUACCCUCAACUUUCAUGUUGUGUUGCUACAUUGUUACAAUACAAUAGUGUCUUAUAUGUCAAAUUAUAAAGCGAUGUGGCACUAUAUAAUUUAUAAUCAUCAUAUGCUUUGCGCUUCCAAUUAUAAUUCAUUGUCUUCUUACCAGGUGGUCCUUUGGGGUGCUUUUGUGGGAGAUUGUGACUUUGGGAGGAAAUCCAUACCCAGGAAUUGCUCCAGAGCGGCUCUUCAACCUUCUUAAAACUGGCUACAGGAUGGAGAAGCCUGAGAACUGCAGUGAUGAAAUGUAAGCAGGGUUUUUUUUUUUCUGUAACGAUAAAAUACUUAAUGCUGUUCCACCAACACAAAUCACUAAAUAUUGUGUGUACCUGUGUGUAUGUAUGUAUGUAUGUAUGUAUCAAUGUAUGUGUGUGUGUGUGUGUGUGUGUGUGUGUGUGUGUGUGUGUGUGUGUAUAUAUAUAUAUAUAUAUAUAUAUAUAUAUAUAUAUAUAUAUAUAUAUAUAUAUAUGUGUAUAUACAUACACUCCUCCACUCAUACUUCAGUUUUGAUUGCCAAGGUGCUCCUCCAGCCUUUUAACAAUACAUACACUCGAAGAAGGGCACUCACUGGUCUUUUCAAUUUGCAAACUUUUUAUUUACAAAUGUUCAGUGACUGUACAGUAUUAUCAACGUUUCAGUCCUCAUCGGGAUUUUACUCAGAAUCCUGAUGGAAGUCCUGUUGAGAACUUAAAUGUUGAUGAUACUGUAACAUUACUGAACAUUUAUGAAUAAAGCUUGCACAUUAAGAAGACCAUUGAGUGCCCUUCUUCUUCUUCUUCAAGUGUGUGUGUGUGUGUGUGUGUGUGUGUGUGUGUGUGUAGUAUAAUAUAUAUUUUAUUUUACUGUAAGAAAAAAGAGAUUUGUUUGUAGUAGGGCUGAUUAUUCUUGGCAGACUUUACAUAAUGGAAAAAUGCCCUCUGUGGGCAGUCAUUUACCAAGAAAAUGCAAUACCCUCUUAAAAAGAGAAUACAUCCAUUACAGUCUUGCACCACAGAGAGGUUGUAGGAUUCUACUACUACUUAGUGCCACACUAUCUGUAAAGUAUGUGUACACAACCAUACCAGUUAUGGGUGGCCAUUCAUGUACCAUAGUUAAUGGUGUAAAAUAUGUGCCUCACAAUAACUCAACUGACAAAAAUAUUAUUUAGAAAAUAACCCCAGGAACAAAUUGACCUAACCAUCUAGUUUACACCAAAUCAGUGGAGAAAAAACCUUCAUUAACGCAUAAAAGAUCAUUAGGAAUGGGAGGACAGGCCCUUCUCACCUCCCUGGAAAUAACAUUAUUUAGGGCAUCCCUCUCCCUCUCCUGUUGCACAUAUGGCUAUUAGCAAAACUUUAAUUGGAGUCAUUAGGUCACAAUUUGUCUAACUGAACAGAAGCUUGUAUUUAUUGAGAAUGGUCUCCUCGUGGACAGUCAUCUAGGUCAUAAAGAUUAUAUAUAUAUAUAUAUAUUAGUGGAGCGCUUAUUAUAGUGAUCUUGAUGAAUAUGUAGAUAUUUCAAUUUAUACCUUAUAAGUAUAAAAUAAGGAUAUUUCAAAUGUCCCAAUAUCCUUGGGGUAGGAGAGAUUAAAAACUUGAUAGUGUAAACCCUUUUAUUAAGGUACACUCUGGUAUAAUUCAAGGAAAGGUUAAAGGAUCUUAACAUGUUUAGCUUGGAGGAAAGACGAGACAGGGGGGAUAUGAUAGAAACAUUUAAAUACAUAAAGGGAAUCAACACAGUAAAGGAGGAGACCAUAUUUAAAAGAAGAAAAACUACCACAACAAGAGGACAUAGUCUUAAAUUAGAGGGACAAAGGUUUAAAAAUAAUAUCAGGAAUUAUUACUUUACUGAGAGGGAUAGUGGAUGCAUGGUCUUCCAGCUGAAGUGAAAGAGGUUAACACAGUGAAGGAGUUUAAAGGGACACUAUAGUAUGAUAGUUCCCUUCAGGCUAUUUUUCAUGCAAACACUGCCUUUUCAGAGAAAAGGCAGUGUUUACUUUUCCUCUAGGGACACCUCCAAGUGGCCACUCCUUAGAUGGCCACUGGAGGUGCUUCCUGGGUCAGUGCUGCCGAAAAUGGAGACGCUGAAUUUUCCUCAUAGAGAUGCAUUGAUUUAAUGCAUCUCUAUGAGAUCAUGAUUGGCCAAAACGGCAUUCGGCCCUGCCCCAGUGCCGAUUUUAUCCAAUCCAGUGCUUUUUCUAUGGAUUGGCUAAAAAUCUGCCAUUUCGAUUGUUCCAAAGGACGAUGAGCCAGCAACGGCAGACCCACGUGGCGUUGAAAAUAAGGUGAGUUUUAAACUUUUAUAGGGGGGCUAAGGGAGGGCAAGCCACCUAAAUGGUGGGUUAAACACUAUAGGGUCAGGAAUACAUGUUUGUGUUCUUUAAGCAUGCGUGGGAUAGGCAUAAGGCUAUCCUAGCUAUAAGAUAAGACCAGGGACUAAUGAAAGUAUUUAGAAAAUUGGGCAGAUUAGAUGGGCCGAAUCUUUCUUAUCUGCAGUCACAUUCUAUGUUCCUAUGUUAAUUCGCUGUGGCGUCCAUAAAGGCGACCCUUCCCCUCCUUGGUAUCCUCACGGAUAAUUCUAUGAAGUAACUCAAAGGGGUAUAUACAUAGGGUAGUAUUGCAAUGCAAAAAUAUAUGUAUCAAAUAUAAAACUGGGUACUCACAAGUGAGGAGCCUUUAAAUUCAGCUCACUUUCUGUGUCUUGUGUGGCUGAGGGUCACACUACCUACUUUGUGUAGAAUCAGGAACCAAAAUGUAGGAUGUAUGCACAGAGUGCAAAAUAAUUUAUUUCCAACACUUAAAAUUAAACAAUUUAAAAAAUGUGUGUGCGUGUGUGUAUAUAUAUAUAUGUAUGUGUGUGUGUGUGUGUAUGUAUGUAUGUAUGUAUGUAUGUAUUUAUAUAUAUAUUGCACUAUUAAAUAGAUCAAUAAAUAAAUACAUUUUUUUAUCUCUUUGUCUGCUCCAAUCUAAAAGGAUUUGUCAUGUUGUAUACAAGAUUUAAAAGGACACUGUAGGAAAUGUAAUAGAUUCAUUAAAUUGAGGAGGUUGUAGAAUCUGGAAUCCCCUGACUCCAUCCUUCUAUUCCGUGUUAAACAGUUUUUAAUAGUCUAAUGGUAACAGAGAGUUUCCAGUAGCCCAAUCUCUUUGUGCUGCUCAUACUAAUAAGGAAGCCAUAGCAUGAGCAUGUAAUUGGAUGAUAAUGUCAGCUGACCAGUUUGUCUGUCACAAUCCAUUGCUGGCAUGAAUUGGCAUGGCUAAGGAAUAACAUAAUCUAAGCCUUUGCUAUAAUUCUAGUAGUCUAGUAGGGGCCAGGUGGGUAGCCCUCGGCUAUUAUUUAAUGUUAAACUACUCAAAAAUGGUUUAAUAUGAAUGAAGGGACAGUGCCGGAAUACUGUAGACACUAUGACAAAUGUAUUGAGAUGAAAUUGUUAUAGUGCCUUAUGUGCUUUCCAUUUUAAGUUUAUUAUUCCAUUACUGACUGUCUCCAAAUUUCAGGUACAACCUGAUGUUGAAAUGCUGGAAACAGGAACCGGACAAGCGAUCAACAUUUGGGGAGAUCAGCAAAGAACUAGAGAAGAUGAUGGUGAAAAGCAGAGUAAGUGUGAUGUCUUGUUUUAAAUGCAAAAUAAAGUACAGUCACAGUGCUCCAUUAUAGGAUGAUUUGAUAUUUAUGCUCUGGCAUGCAAGGUGUAAUUUAUCCUUUCAAAUAUAUAUAUAUAUAUAUAUAUAUAUAUAUAUAUAUAUAUAUGAGAGAGAGAGAAUAUAUAUAUAUAUAUAUGAGAGAGAGAGAAUAUAUAUAUAUAUAUAUGAGAGAGAGAAUAUAUAUAUAUAUAUAUAUAUAUAUAUAUAUAUAUAUAUAUAUAUAUAUAUAUAUAUAUAUAUAUAGAGAGAGAGAGAGAGAGAAUUUUGUCACAAGUCUUAUUUUUUUAUUGUAUAAUUUAUAAUAUUUGAACAGUCAUCCCUCCAAAGAUUAUAACAGUUUCCUUUCCCUCACUGUUAAAUAUGCAAUAAAAUGUUAUUUAUUUAUAUUAAAUAUUAUUUAUAUGUAUAGUUGGCAGCAGUGUUAACAAAAUGGCAAUUCUUCUUUCAUAUGUUAUCAGGAUUAUUUGGACUUGGCUGCUUCUACACCUGCAGACUCCAUGCUCUACGAUGAUGGUCUUUCUGAAGAAGAGACCCCUCUGGUGGACUGUAAUAAUGCCCCACUUCCUCGAACGCUCCCCUCCACCUGGAUUGAAAACAAACUUUAUGGUAGAAUUUCCCAUGCGUUUACUAGAUUCUAGCUGCACUAUCAAGUUGCGCAAGUGUGAUUUCUUGCUGCACACCAAUAGCUCUUUGCUUCCUUCCCCCCAGGGGCUUGGGCCUGAAUGAAACCAAUCAAAACGUUGCUUGAAAAGCUGUGUUUAUUUUAUGUAAACAAAAAAAUAUUUUUUUAUUCUUUUGCAUAUUUAACUGCCUAUGUUCCCAGAUAUUUUUGCUGCUGUUGAAAAGAAGCAAAUAUAAUAAAAACAAAAAUGUAUACACAACUAUAAACCAAGAAACAAACAGUCACAACAGCAUAACCAAGGAAUGGAAUUAAUGGAGACAUUGGCAGGACUCUUGCUAGUUAAAUUUGCUAUUUUAUGGCAUGAACAGGAGCACCUAACCUGUAUAUCUUCUGUAGUAGCGUGAAAGAGUUUUGGGGAUAAUCCCACAACUACAUAAAAUGUGACAUUUGGGAAAAAUAUUCAUCUAGCAUAUCUGAAAAUUUUAACAUUUUAUUUAGUUUAGGUGUAAUAAUUGCUACAGAUUUUUUUCUUUACUUUCUAUAACUUUUUUCCAUACCAACUAAAAUCUGUAGCUGACGUACACUUAACAUUUAUAUUGAAGUUCACACCGAUCGUCUAAGAUUGACAUAAAUACGAAGAAAGUAGUUUAGGUUCAUGCACUAGAGGGUCUUCAACCCAUGUUUACAUGUGUGUUUAACAUAUUGGCAUUUCGUUUUGGCCUUGAAACUUGUGCAAGAAUUGUUUGAUAUUUUUGUUGAGUUUAACUGGAUUGUUUGGAUUCAUUGAAUACCUUUUUUUAUUUAUUUAUUUAUUUUUUUAUAUAGUUUAUUGUAUAAGUUAAUGGUAUCUUUUCUGGAUUUUUUUUUAGUGUUCAUUUUCCGCACAGAUAAGUUGAAUGUUUGCCAGUUUCUUUUUUUUAGCUGUAAAAAUUAAUACAUUAUUUACAUAGAGACAAAAACAGGUAGAAAGAACCUUUUUUUGGAUCUGAGCUCCUGAUUACUUAUCUUCAUAAGUGAAGGAAAAAACAGCCUAUGAAUGUAGACAGUAGGCUCAACUCCUUAUUGGCUGCAAUCACAUAAUUACUAUAACCAUGAGGCAUAACCACUGUCAGAAAAUUCAGGUAACAUAUCUAUUGAGAUCUUUCCAUCCCCCAUAUUUUCAGUCCCUAGAAUAGCAAGUUUUGCCAAUUUACCCUCAAUUCCUGAUCAAGUUCCCUCUUUAUUUUCGUUUUCUCUUACCAUUCUGUUUUUCAGAUCUUCCCACUCUCCAUUUGACCAUUUCUGUAAUUUCCUUUUCAGGCUCCCUUUUGUUCAUUUCUCUAACUUCACAGAGUCCUUGUCCUUAUGGUACUGAUCGUGGCAGUGGAAUUGGUCUACAAAACCUUCGAGUCCAAAUCAGAAUCAUCAAUUUAUGGUACCUCUGACCCAUAGCACUGUAAUAAUAUAAAGAGUCGGAGUCGAAGGUUGUGUGUACCAAUUCCACAGCCCUGGUGCGGAGUACUUAUUUUCUUUUCCUCAACACUUCAUAUGAUAUUUGUCUCUUCCCCCAAUGCUUUAAUACAUCCCUUCUCCUCAUUAAGCAAUUUUUUGCCUUUUAUCAUCACUUUGUUUCCCCGUUUAGUCUUUGCCUAUUUUCUUUUAAUAGUUGUUCCUCUUUUUUUUCCCAUUGUGGUUCUUGAUAACGCUUGUCUUCAUUUAUUUUAUUUUUUUUCUCCACAUUUACACCUGUAUUUACCUUCCUUCCCUGUGCUUUGCUGUUUACUGUUCACACUUUUUUUUUACAUUUAUAUGCACUAACUUCAUCUGUGAGCUUACUUCAACCCUCAUCAAUACCAUCCACUACUAACCGCAACCCAUUUAUUGAACUCUCAACUUGACUAAAUUUAUUCAAAAUGUAUUUAUUAUCUUGCAUUUUAACAAGAUUCUGUCCAGAUUAUUUCUUAUUCAUUCUGGUUGUCUGGUUCCUCAUAAAGUUAUUGCAUAUACCCUCCAAUUUUGGCCUUAACAUGAAUACCCCUGUCUUACAUGAGUUUUUGAUAUUAUACUUAUUAUAUUGGAUGAUCUGAACAGUGCUAUUAAUCUUUUAGUGUCAGCAUAUACUUUGCAUAGUUCACAAUUUAUUUAUACUCUCACCACUUUCAGUUGCAUUUUUUUUUUUUGGCUUGUUUUGUAAUUUUUUUUUUUUUUUAGACUUUUGUUUUAAUUUUUUAACACACUAGGCAACCUUGAAAAUAUGUUCCUACACCAGAUUUUUCAAAAAGUCUCAAUUUACAAAUGCUACAAAGAGUUGAUAUACCUCUUAUCUGAGCUCACAAGGUGAAUUUGCAAGUGGCAUGUGAUCAAGUGAGUUUUUUUUAUUCAUGGGAAUCAUUAAUGAGACCAGUGUGUCUUUUAUCUUGACCACCACAGACACGUUGUACAGAACAAUACAGCAAAUUGCAAAAAAGGUUGCUAAAUUUUCCAACUAGGCCAUGGUCACAACUUGAUUAGAAUUUUAGCGUGAUUUUCAAGUUUGGUUUCAAUUAACUACAAAUAGGUGUCUAGUGAAUAAAUUCUAUUAUGCAGAACAUUUGUGUAGUUGGACUUAAUGCCUGGAUCUAUUUCUUCUAUCUGCAUCCAUCAAAUGCAUUCAAGUCUGUUUGGUUUCUCACCCUAUAAGGUUACGAUUUUUCUCUGGCCAAAAUAAUUUUGAAAGGAUACCAACUCAUUAAACAUAGGACCAUAUCAAUUCAAAUACCUAAUAUUCACUCCCAUUUUUUUGUAAAGGGAUUUCAUUGGUGCCCAAGCCCUAUAGCCUGGUUGUGUUCCCAUUAAUGACUAGGCAGCCUUUUUGUAGACCUUUUUUAAGAUAGAAAGUGUGCAAUGAGCAUUUACCAUAAAGAAUGCAACAUGUAGUGAUGAAGAAUGUAAAUGGUUAAAAUUAGACUGUGGUUAAAAUAUUGUUUACCCAUAUUCUACCCUUUAGACUAUAUGCCUUAAUACUUAUAGCAAUCUGACAUAUAUGAAUGGAAUCCGUAUUGCUGUGCAUGAUUGCUUAGACAUUUAUCGCCAGGCUAUAGGCCUUUUGCAGAAAGGGUUUAUGUUCCUUGUUAAAUCUGUAGUGAAAUAAUUUGACAAGUUUCUUCUCUAUCAUUUAUUAAAAUUAGGACUAAUGGUUGUGAACUAAAACACCUGCCCUUAUCAAAUUUACUUUAAAGUUGUAAUUUAUUAAAUCAUAAAGUUUGUGUAAUUGAGCAUCAUAUAGCCAUUUAGUAUUGGCAUUAUUUGACAUUUUGAGAUUUGUUCAAUAUAAAGAUAUACUUAAGAGGGAAGAGAGAUUAUCAAUAAACAUAAAAAAUGGGAAGAACAAGCCAUUUAUUAUUACAAUCUUAAAAACGGUUUCCUAAAUAGAUGUACCUUUUAUGAUGCCAAAACUUUAUAGUCCAAUAAUAAUGGCCUCAAAAUUCUACUAUAUAACAGCGUUAGUUUUUGAUGUUUUUUUUUACAUUUCCCCAUAUGUUUCAUUAAAAUUUAAGUAACCGUUUCAAAUACCACUUCUAAGGUGGAAGCAGCAUUUUAAGGGCCAGUCUCCCUAGAUUUUUAUCAUAUGUAAUCGUGACUUCUGGACUUAUAAAUUAUCUCACAAUCUUUCAAAGUCAGCUGACAACCUUGCGGUUUGUUUUUGUGUAUUCUAACUUAUUUUAGUAUUCCUGUUCUGCCAUAUUGUCUCUCUAGAUGUCAGUCUGUCGUAUAAAUGUCUAUUGUGGUGGUGGUGUAAUGAGACAGUAAGAACAGUUCUUGCCAAAACUCCUUUUAUUUUAUUUUUUUAAUUAUUUUUUUUACCUGAAGUUUUUUGUUUUUUUUCACAUGAUGAAAGAAACAGACCUAGGAUUUUCCAUUAUUCUGUGUUUUCAAACGUAUGUAUAGAUGUCAAAAUUAAAGGAACCAGUCUGGUAAAUGCUUGGAAAAAAUCAUGUAUUUUUCCAUGGCUUUACAAAACAUAGCAUAAUUGUCAAAUGACUCACAUUUUACAAACAAACUUAUAAUAAAAUUAAAAAAAUAAGACUGGCAUUAACUGAUUGUAAAGUGGCCUGCAAUGCUAUAGUGUGGUGGACUUCCUGUUAGUAUAUCCUAAUUAACGUACUACAUUAAAAAAAAAAAAAAUACUUUACCUUUUUUUUUUUUUAGGGGAUUAGCCAUUGAUGUUGCCAUGGAAACUAAAUCUGCAAAACACGAAAUAUACAAUCCCAAUAGCAACACCUUUUUUUGUGUAUCUGUAAAUAUAUCACAUGAUUUAUUUUGCCUUUCUAAACACAUGCAAUGCAGUUAUGGCUUUUACGUACCUGGUAUUUAUUUUAUUACAAAAUCAAAAUGCACUUUGAAUUGAAUACAGAGUGUAACAACAGAAUUAAAUGAUCUUGAUUAGGAUUGUUUUCAAAUAACGUUGCCAGGAUAUCUACCUGAAACUGGUUUCAGUGAAGAUCCCUUGCAUACAAAUAAAUAUUUUAGAAGUUUUUUAAAAAUAUCUAAAACAUAUAUAUAUAUAUAUAUAUAUAUAUAUAUAUAUAUAUUUUGUUCCUUUAGUAAACACAACGGGCAGCAAGUCUGAUUUAUUUGGUAAGCAAAAAACAAGACUAACAAAUAUAUCUCCCUCAAAACCAUCUUUAAAAUCAGUUUAUCAAUGGCUUCAGGGAUACCAUGAUGUUAACUUGCUCCUCUUGAGUUUGGACUGGCAUGACAUCUACCCUUUUCUGCACCCUAAAGGUGGCUAUUAAUUCUUCUCAAUAGAUAGGCUAUCCUUAGCAGUUUAAUGUCCUAAAUACAUCACAUGACACCCCACUGCCCAAAUAACAUAAUAAAAAACAUUGUUUAGUAGAUAUACACCAAAUGAAAAAUGCAUGCAUUUAAUAAUCGUAUAAAUAAAACUACUUGCAAAAGCUGUUUUAUGUAUCUCAUGGUUUAGCUCCACUGAGUGAAACAACCAGGAGGUGACAGAACUGGUUGUCUGACAUGCCAGUGUUGUAACAAGGUUAACAUAUAAUAGUGCUGAUUUUUAUGGAAAUCUGCACAUUUUGCAAAAGGAAAAAAUAUGACACAAUCUUCACACAUAAAGCACUUACGCAAGCUAAAGAACUUUUAGGGGUCUGGAGUAUCCUUUUAACCCCUUAAGGACACAGGACAUGUCAUGAUUCCCUUUUAUUCCAGAAGUUUGGCCCUUAAGGGGUUAAAGGACCACUAGAGGUACCCAGAUCACUUCAUUUCAAUGAAGUGGUCUGGGUCCAGUGGCCCUGAACCUUUAACGUAAAUCAUUGCAGCUUUAUAGAAACUGCAUUUUUCUAUUGCAGGGUUAAAACGCCUCUAGUGGCUGUCUUCCAGACUGUCAUUAGACAAGCUUCCACUGUGAGAACGGAGUAAAAGUCUGUUCCACAUCAAAUGCUGCUCAGAGUUGCCAACUAGCCUCUCAAAGCUAGCCUAUGGGAAAACGUUAAAUUGGUUGAGAUCAUCAAUCUUUAUGAUCCCAGCCAAGGAAGUGGAGUGGUAGUACAUAGACUAGUGCAGUGAAGGCUGAAAGGUAAGUAAUUUUCACCUUUCAAACCCUCGCGGGGGUGGGGAACCUAAAUCAUUCGAUUAAAACUAUAAUGUUUGGAAUACAUGUUUGUAUUCCUAACGCUGUAUGUUCUUUUAUCUAAACCAGUUUCCUAUGACUUUUCUGUAUGUGUGAAUUAUUUUUAGGAACUGAGCAAUUUCACGUUCUCUGAGAAUGCAAAACAUAUAAAAGGUUUAUUAUAGUGCAAGAGUUGAGUUUUUAAUAUAUAUAUAAUAUAUAUAAAAUUAUUUUACAAUAUCUCUGUUUUUGUAACCGUUAAUUACAACCUCAAACUCUCUAAAACAAAAUCGGCAAUAUCCUUUUUUUUGGCUAAGUAAUUGGAAGUAGUUAAUUAAUAAGUGAAUUUAAUUAAGAAGUUGUCACAGUUUGCCUAUUGUCCACACACAUUAUCAAGAGAUGAAUGGUAGGCUAUGCGUCUGUCGGUUUGCUUGUUUGUCUCUAGCAACACCAAUGGCUUAUCUAUUAGUAUAAAAAGGGAGUUUUGCCAAGGGCCUUACUGUCUGCACGUGAAGCUAUUAUUAUAUCAUUUUUUUUUUAAUUCUUCAGUGCAGAACAAAUUAUCUCUUUUCAUUUUUAGGCAUGUCCUAUCCGAACUGGCCUGAAGAAAGCCCCGUUCCAAUCCCAAGAUUCGAUGCCAAUAAGUCUGUUUUUUCAAGAUAUGCCAAUGACUGUGUUUAUGCUAAUUGGAUGAUUCCACCCUCAACGGCAAAAUUUAUGGACAAGUUUGAUAGCUAAUUUCCUUUUUUUCCCUCUGGAAGGUAACAAAAAUUGUGAAUGAGGGGAGAAAUGAAAAAAAACCAAAAAACAAAAACCUCAAAGAAUAAAUGGAAAGUCCAUUGGCUGGUUCUUUGUUCCAGUGAAAAGUGGUUACACCAAAUUUGCUUCUGUUUGUCAAAUGAGCCAAUGUUUCCUGGUCUACCUCUCAAACUGCUGGAGGGGACUGCACAUAGCUUUAGACUUACCCAAGUCUCGAUCCCCUACAGCAGCAGAAAGGGGAUAUAUAAUGUUUCCAACAUAUCAAGUCUGUAAACCACAACUCAGUAGAAGUUUCUGUAUAUGCUGCUCUUGCACAAAUAUUCUGUAUUCAGUACACUAAUGUAUAUGUUGCUGUGAAAAAAAAAAUCUACAUAUAUUUUCUUUUAAUCAGGUGUUCAUAAUUUUAAAGAUUUUCUCUUUAUUGCUAGACUGUUUUAUCUUCAUAGGGAACAUGAUGGUCAAGGUCAAAAUGGGGGGAUGUUAACAUCAUUUACAAGUUAGACUUAAGUGUGUAUAUGUAUGUACAUAUAUCAUCUGUUGUAUAUUGGAUUUGUAUUCUUGCGUACAGUAUUACAUGAAACAUACACACCACAUCGAAUUUAUGGAUCAGUGGGAUUUUAAAUUGAUUUGUGCUUUUCAAUCUUUUGAAAGUUUUUUGUUGGUUCUUGAAGGCCAAGCUUAGAAUGUAUGGAAAAUGAAUGGGCUGUUGGCCCUUAAUAUCCAAAGUUGGAAGUAUUAAAAUAUAUGGGUACAUAACUGUAGGAAUGAACACUGUAGGCAUAGGGUUUUUCACUCAUUACAGACCUUGCAUUAAAAAAAAAAUCCAUGGUUUAAUACCAAGAUCUCAUCAUAGUCACAUACAUUUUUAUCCACUUUGCUGCUAGUUGGACCUUCAACAUAUUGCAGAGCAGAAGUUAGUAGAUCCUCUGGCAGUAAAGAUUUUAAGUAGUAUAAUUUUACAGAAGGUGUUUAAAGUCUACACUUCUUUUAGUAGCUAGCAAAAAAGCCAAAUAGAAGUUCUUUGCAGAAUUUCAGUUUUCUGUUUUAUAUUAGUUUUAUAUGUAUUUUUUUAAGUAGAGAAUGUGUAUAUUUUGGAUAAUUUUGUUUCUAUUACACAAAUGUCUAGGUUGGUGGCUCUUAGGAUGAGCUAUUGGGGGGAAACAAUACCUGGUCUCCAUGUUCUAAAUACUUACAACUCCUUACUCUUUAAGAUUUAUUUAUUUAAAUCUUAAAUGUUGAUAGAAUUUAGCACAUUUUUUACAUUUGUUAACAUAUUCUACAGUAUCUGCACCAUGUGUGAUUUCUCUAUUUCUCUUCUACAGUUUUUGUUUUUGUUUGUUUUGUUUUGUUGUCUAUUAAAAGGCUCUCAGUGAGAUCUGUUGCCAUCUUAAACUAGAGGUCAAUUCUUUCCCAGUGGUAUAAAUAUAAAUAAUUAGAAUUAACAGCCCUCCCAAUCUACAUGAAUCGUACCAACCAAGAGCUGUAUUACAAUACAAUAAUAUUGCCUAUAGAAACGCAUACCAAAGAAUAUCGCCACUUGUAUUUGAAUCUUUUUAUCAUCUUACCAUUGGGGUUUUUUUGGACUCUGAUCGGAAAUGUUUUUUGUGUUUUUGAGGUUGAUCUCAAUUUACAUUUUAAUGCAAGCAUCUGUCUUGCACAAGUCUCUGGACAUUCUACAUGCACAAAUCUCUUGGGUUUUAUCAUGACUUCAUGCACCAUCUUUGUUUGAUGAAAACUUUCAACUGGAAGGGAAUCCAACAUUUUUGGAACAAUCCUGAAUACGUACGUACUUAUUUUCGGAUAUGCCACCCAACAGUUGGAAAGACAAAAAAAACAAAACGUAUUGUACAUCGAAAAAAUAAAAAAGAUAUAUACCAUAUAUAACAAAUGAGGGCAGGCUUCAGAGUAACAAUGCAGCGUAGGUGAGAUUCACAAGGAAGACUGAACUGGAUCAAUAUAUCUUCUCUCACCAAUAAGUGACAAUCCUAUAUUGGUAACAGAAAUGUAUACACUAUGCCUGCUCGUCCUUUUUCAUGGAAAAAUAUCGACUUACCUCACACUGGAGCAUCACUGCUAAUAGAUUGAACUGGCCAACACCUAGUAGAUCUGCACUAGUUGUCAUAGAGGCAAAGCAUUUAAAGGACAAUAUAUGUAUUAUUGCUUUUAAUAGUGCUGCACAAAAUUAGAUAUUCUGCAUACCAUACCUAAGCAGAGGAUUACAACAGGACGUUUAAAUAAGCUACAUUGCUUAGGACUGUUACUGUGCAAAUGUCACUGGUCUGUGACAAUACAGUCAAUGCAUUACCUAACAGGUACCAAAUUAUUUUCCUUCAUGAUUAUCGAUAGAGAAGAAGACACAUGUAAUGCUUCGGAGUCUUCAGGGUUAAGUACAGAUAUUCCAGUAGUUUUCUUUAAACCAUCUCUGUUCUGUAACAUGAACAGUGAAAUAAGUAAAAGAUUCUAUCUAGUUACGAUCAUUAUCAUUCCUUUCAAAAACGCUGUGGGAUGUAUAGCAUUCCAUAGUUAUAUUUAUUAGUGGAGAUUUUUAUUUUAAUGUGGUUUUAUCUUGUAUUUCAGAUUUGCUGCUAAAUUAAUCUAUUGGGGGGAGGGGUGAAAUUGGACCGAGUAUAGUUUGGCAAAUAAAACUCCCUUUGCCUCCUGAUAUAAUUUUUUGUCCUUUGGAAUUUAGGUUGUCUCUAAUAUUCCAGUAGUUGAUUAAUCAACAAAUCAGAGAGGAAUGUGUUGCGUACCCUCCCAGCACUUAAGGGGUUAAUUUCUGACAGCACAAUGGGAAAUUUCAAAACUUUAGAGGGCAACAUAAUAUUAACUGCAAAUUACAAAUAUAAAGAAAUGGGGCAGAAACAUAAUACAAAACUGCCCUCUCUGCCAGUGUAUUAGUGAAAGCUUUUAACCCAUUCUUGUAUUUUUAUAGCCUCUGCUAGCGACAUUUGGGCCACGUGCUGUUCGUAGCAACAUCUCUGGAAAUGUAAUAUAUAUAUAUAUAUAUAUAAGAUAUGCAAUGCUACAAAAUAUUUAAUAUAACCUUCACAAUUUACAGAUAUAAUGCAAUGCAAUGGUCUACUCUCACUGCUGGAGGGGAAUGUAAUGCAAGGUCUAUUAGGAGGUUUAGAUGUUUUUGCCAAACUUUAAUUUAAUAUAUGCAGUGAUAUUUCCCCCAAAAAAUAUUCUUGUGUAUGUUUAUUUAUUUUUAUUAUUUUAAUUUUUUUGGCGUCUGCCACUAAGAAAUCCUUUUUAUUUCUAUUUAUUUUACUAUGUGUAAAACUGAUGCAGUGAAACACCUGUCUCUGUUUGUAUUAUUCGUAUUUCAAGUUGU